UUUCUAUCGGCCCCCCUCCUUUUUCAACAUGGCUGCUGUGUCUGCUCUCUCAAGUAACGCUGAGAUUGGAGACUGACUCGAUUUCUGCCGCUCAGUGCCUCUUGACUUUUGGUGUUUAUCAACGUCGCUUGGAUGUAAAUCACGUUUUACACCUUUUUGUUUCCCCUACUUUCAUUUAGUGGAAUAACCUUCACCAAUCACUCCCUUCACUGGGCCGAUUUUUUUUACCCCCAAAACAACCAACUACCAGCCUACAACUGUUUCCAGGGCCAUGGUUUGAGGAGGUGCACCCAGUUUUCCUCUACAUGAACAAUGUGUGAAAACUGUGCCGAGCUGGUUGAGGUUUUAAAUGAAAGUAAGUAAACAUAAUUCCAUUUAUUGACACUGAAUUAGCUGCUUCGUGUUAGCAUCGCCUUCCACUGAAGCUGAAUGGGAGAAUGUUAGCAUCGAGGCUAGCUGAUGUAACUUUGUGUGUAUUCUUGGCUGGCCUGCAUGUCUUUUGAUAAGUUGCAGCUGUAAGACAGUUUGAGUAUUGACUUUAUUUCUGCAUACAGUUGACAGCUGUGCCUUCGUGUCAGAAUUUGUCUCUUUGAUAUGAAUGCAUAUGCAUUUUUUUCUUCUCAAAACUGGCAGGCAGUUUACGACGCUGAAGUUAGUGUCUGAUUCGUCGCUCCCCAUUCUGCUGCUGUUGUGAGAGAGAAGACGUCCUGCUCAAAAUCCACAUUACUUUGACUUUUAAUAUCAGGGCUGUACCAUUUAAGAGUGUCCACCCACUUAUUUAUAUUGAGCUCCGGAUUUGUGGAUUUGCUACACCUGUGAAAAUUGAACCAGCUGCUGAUCCAUAAACAGAACACCUAGAAUUAUCAGCUCAGAACUAGAUUAUCUAAGGUAGGCUACCAGUUUAUCAAAACAUAAUUUCAGAUUUCUGAAAACAAUACAUGGUGAGACUUCAGGAAAGGAUAAUUUUAAUAUUAUCUGUCUUUCUAGGCUGAUCCACAUCAUUUUUUAUCUACACUUGUCAGAUCUAGACUGAUUCAUCUAAGAGAGGCUACAAGCUUUGUAAAGCAUAGCUCUGGAUCUGUAAAUCUUAAUUUCAUUUUUAGAAAUGAAAGUAAGGACAAUCAAACAGUGUGUUCAACUCUGAGCAACAUUGCAUUAUGUCCUGAUCCAGAACCUUAAUACUUAGACUGUACAUAUGAUUCAAUCAUGCUGAGAGAGUCUGAAGGCUUCGUAAAACAGUGUGUCUGUUUAUUGAAACCAUUUUUCUAUUCGUCUAAGUUCAAAGAAGGAAGAUCUCGGCACCUGUUUUCUUGUGGUUUAGAUUUUAGAAAUUACCCUUUAUUAUAUUUUAACAAAAUACUUUAAAUAUCUGUAAAUUGUUUUAAUAAAUCUCAAGUCUCCAUGAAAUAGUUAUGUGUGAUCCUACAAUUCAAGUGUAGUAAUUUUGGAUCAGCACCAGAUAUCAUGCGGUCUUGGGGUUAUAAAAAGGCAGAGAAAUUGUCCAUUCUUGUUUUUUUUCCAACUACAGUAAUAGUUUUACAAAUCUAAAACUUCGUUGAAGUAAUCUUAAAACCUUUCUGGGACAAGUUAACCAACAUCUAAAAAGUCAUGCAAUAGUGGGAUCAAGACCUCGUUUUGAAAACGUCUCCUUUACAGCAAAAGCCGAAGCGACGAAUGAGAUACUGACUUCAGUGCCGUAGUCAGUUUUGGGCCUACCUGUCAAACACUCCUUAAAGAACUCAUAGAAGCUAGCUUACUAAUUGAGUCAAAUAAUCACUCUCUCUGUCCGUUUUGCACAUGACACUCAAGUCAAUUCUUGUAAAAUAUAUACACUGUAAAAACGCGUGAACAGGAGCAGUAUUAAAGGCUGCAGUCGUUGCCUAAGGGCAGCUUGCUCGGGGUUGGAAGUGAGCAAAGUUAGCUGGUGAAGCUAGCGAGCAGCCCGACUUUGUUUGAUGUGUUUGUCAGGUCAGUCUGCUAGCUGUCCACUCCGCUACCACUUUCCAUUGUUUUACAAAAUGUCACAUUUACAGCUCGAAACUGCCUGCUGGGUUAAAACUAUGCACGCAGACUUGAUAAUGCUGUCUUAAGCGUGUUAAUGCAGCUUUCUUGUGUGUUUUUAUAAAUCUAUUGGAGCUGGUCGAAGCUAGCGGCAGCUAAGCUAGCCUGGAAAAUAAAUGGCUGCAACGAGGCGCAGAUUUGGCUCAUAGCACAUUGUUAAUCCUCGGUGGAUUGUAGCUGUAUUUCGGCCGAUGACUAUCUCCACAUUUUAUUUUAAUAUUAGUCCGAGAUUAUUUUGCACAUCACUGUUUAUAGUGUUGAUAACACCAGAUAUAACAAAAACAAGCAGAUACACGACCAGCAUACACCGAUGAGACAUAAUCAAGGCUGCCAACUUCAUUACCAAAUAAAUAAUGAUAAUAAUGAUAAUAAAAAAGCAGCCAAAAUAUGAAGCUUUUAGCUCAGGGUUAUAGAGAUAUGGGUAUAAGAAUGAAGGAUGCGUAUGAACAAGAAAUGUGUACGUGUUCUGAAAUUUUACGAAAAAUUUUACAAUUAAAAAAAAAUAUUUACAGCCCACCUUGAAAAACGCAUCAUGUGUUCAUAGUGUACGGUCCAACCUGAGUGCUCAACCUUCAUGUAUUCAAUUAUCGUUGUAGAUAAAGUUGCCUUUGAAUAAAUUCAGACACAGAAAUGAAGUCAGAAAGUCUAAAUCUGAUCUUAAACGUGAAGUUCACUCAUUGCUUUUCUGGCACGUCAACAAUUACUGACAGUGUAGAAGCUUUGUAGAAGUAGAAUCUAUGUUGUUGCUGUUGUGUUGAAUUGCAUCAGUUUGCACAGGUGGUCAUGACUUCAUGGCUGGUUGGUGUAUCUGUGUGUAUUCCAGUUGUCUACAUCCAUGGUGCUUUUAGAAGAUGCUGCCUGUUUUGUUCAGGUGCUAUUAGUAGGAAAAGGACAUCAAGUUAGGGUGUCUGCUCAUAGUCCUGCCUUCUCCAUGCAAGAUGAUCCAGAAUUUCGGACAUGCCAGGAUAUCAUUGAGCAAGUUUACAGCAGCUGAUCGAGCUGUGAUUGGUUCUCAUUUCUUCUUGUUGACUGCACGACAAGUGGCACUGCAAUGUUUGAGUUUGUCUUGCAACACAGCAGCUCUAUUUACAACCUAUAAGACAGGGCACAUGAAUAUAAACACGAGGAACAACAUUUCAAACACACACAGAAAAAAGACAAAUUCAGAGGCCUUCAGUGUAUUUCAGUUCUGGGAUUCAGCUCCAUAUAUAAUUUGUUGUUGUAGCAUUAAACCUCUGCUUUUUAGCUGGUUUAUCCUUAUUUUAUCCAUAAUUUUGGCACCUCAAGCCAACUCAACAACAGUCAGAUGUGUUUCAGCAGAAUAUAGAGCCAAUGAUGCAUUUAUGGGGCUUGUGACUGGAUGACAGGUAGCACAUGAUAAAUAUGUUCAUUGUAGGACAGGCCUGUCUGUGAGUCUGUGGUGUAGAGAAAGUUGGUUUACAGAGUUGGAAAUAUGAGGUGUAAUGAUUACUUUCCUCACAGACUCAACCUGUUGAGUGUUCUGAUAUAUUUCAUGUCAGAACCAGCAUGCACUUUUUUAAGGCCCCAAACUCAUCAUCCCACAGAAACAAGAGCAGCAAUUUUGGAGAUGUCCUAACCCAGCUGCUCUAACCUCAACCACCACAGUCUGAUCUGGUCAAAAGACAGUGUUCCCACAUGCAUUUACAUGCCUGAAUCUCUCAGAAAGCUCUCAGAGAAAACGGGAUCUGUGAAUGCAAUUGGCUAAAUUCUUCACCCUGAUGCUACUCAGACUUUUCUCCUGACAGCCCUCUGGGGAAAUUUCUUCAACACAUUUUUGAGACCUGAUGUAAAAGAGCAGCAAGAAAUAGUCAAGCAAAUUCAUCAUAAGUGAGUUGGUUUGGUGAUAAAACUUCUAUCGAUAAGAUAAGAUUGGAUGAGAUUAGAUUAACCUUUAUUCAUCCUACAGUAGGGAAUUUUAGUGCCAACAGCAGCAAAGGAUCUGAAAGGCAGUCUAAGAGAGAAAGGAAUACAAAAGCAAAAUCCUGUUUCACACACUUAAGAAUAAAUUAUUAUAACAAUUAGAUUGUAUUCAUAUAGACAGUCCUGCACCUGAUUCUAGAAAUUCAGAGACAGUUUCGCUAUUUUGCUUUUAAUAUCUUGAUCUGAAACUGUCCACAAGGACAUGAGCACUUUGGAUGUAUUUAAAUGCAAAGGUCAUACAUACGUUAGUAUAACUUCACAGUUAUUCUCCUUUCUAAUAGCAUGCAUGACAUAUCACUCAUUUCAGAUUAUUAUUUAGAUGAUUGUGUGUACCAGAGGGAAAAGUGUGCCACUGCACGUGACCUCGUAUGAUUUCACAUGAGCUCAGAGGGCAGCAGAUGUAAAAAGACAGCUACAAGCUGCUGCGGUGAUGCUUGGCAAUAAGAGAAAACAGGAGCAGAGAGCUGAAAAAAUUACAAGGAGGAAAAAUUCAGGAAGGAGCCAUAAACUCUUUUCUUCUGCUGGAGCUGAAGGUGAGAUUUUUCUAGCGUUUUAGCACCAGUUGUGUUUUAACUGGCAGAAGCCUGAGGUCUAAAAUAUCCGCCUUUCACAGACCUCUCUUUGAUCUGCAGUUCAUGUUGCUUGCUGUGAAUUAACUGCUUCAGUUCUUGGGAGGUUCUGACAUGGUCAUCAGUUCGAAAUUUUUAUCUUUUUUAUGGUUGUGUGAGUAAUUUCAGGGCUGACAGGUUGAUUUCUAACUCUCACACAACUAGGUCAUCCUACCAAAGCAUAGGUACCCACCAAUGGUCUAGACCAGAUUCUCUCCUUGUUUCUUGAGUGGGGCAGUCAGGCUAAAAUAUUCCUGAACUUUUGCAGUUGGUGUCCAGCCUUUGAAAGAAGAGUUACUGCGAAAUAAUGUCGGCAAAUUGCACAAAGGAUGGGGCAAAAUAUUGGUGUGGUGAUCUUAAAAGACUUUUGAUUCAGUGUGACUCUCUGCAUCACUGCUUCAUGACUCCUCAUGGUAGAAAUUAUGUGAUCGAUCCUGCACUCUAGCUUCAGGGGUCCUUUUGUAUUCUUUACUUAACACUGGGGCAUCACGAUUUUUGCUAAAGAUAAAGUCCAAUUUUUCAUCUGAAAGUUCAUUUUUAUUUUUGCUGUUUUGGUAAAAACUACAAGAGACAACAGAAUAACCGGUUUCAAAUAUUGUUUUUAGUUUAGAAAGUAGCAAACAAAGUUCCCUAUUGGGACUGAUGUGCAAUUGAAAGAUACAUCCCCCUUAGGUUUAGAAAAGUGACAACCUUUACAAUCUCCUUAACCAAACAAGAUGAAUCCCUUUAAAGGGAAAACCUCAUUUUCAAACUUAAUUUUAAAUUAAACAGGUUCUUUAUAAACAAAGAGGAAGUACCACUAUUUGGGAAUUGAGUGACAACUUCACCAAACUUCACUGUAAAAAUAAAAGGUUUCCCUAAUAUCUCUCAACAUGAAACCACUGAAAACAACUAAACAAUGUAGUGUAUAUGCCAAGCCUGUCAGAGGCUUUGUAACGCUGCCCAGGAAAUGAACCAGAAGACAGAAGAAGAGUACAGAGCCUGCGUAUAAAGGUUGUUUUGGCCAGACUCACGCUGGCGUCUCAGAAAAGUUACGCUGUGUGUGACGCAAUUGUUUCAAGAGAGACACAGAAACACGGAAUCGAAAUGGUAGUCGUUUACGGAUUUCUGCACUCUCUGACCUGUUUUCCAAAAGUAUCAUUUACAGUCAACCGAAACACUGUUUGCGUGUUUGGAACGCCUAUACGACGUAAAAAUCUUGUGUUACUCUGAAUUUGUUUCCAUGUGGAUGAGUUGAUAUCUUCUUCAGACAAACUUUGCUGUGGAGAGUGGAGUGAUUUGCUCUUCCUCCAAAACUGCAAAGCCGUAUUAGUUCCUCACAACUGACUAGCUCUUGCCCUUUUUGGCCACAAAAAUAUCAUCGUCUUAUGCAAAUGCCAUAAUUGUUUUCACCGGUGUGUACUAACUGGGUAGCGGUCUCGCAGGACUGGGAAGGUUACGGUAGCCUGGAGGCUAGCUAGAGAGGAAUAUCAAUUCGACAAAUGUAAUUUUGUUUAACAUCGUCAUAAUGAAUAAAGCUGAUUAUGAUUUCAAAUUGAUUAUUCAUGCAGCCCCACUAAAUACAUUAUCAAAAUUUAUCAACUCAUGACUGACUGUGAAUUGUAGUUGUUGUUGCAGAAUCGCUCUAUUGGAAUGUUACUGUUAUUAUAGGCCAUGCAUUUCAGUGUGUUGGAUUUUUUAGUGUGUUAUCAUAUCAAAUCAAAUGAUAUUGCAUCGUUUUAUACACCGUAUUGUAUCAUCAUAUCCUAUCCUGUUGUAUCAUGUCGUGUUGUAUCGUAGCGUAUCGGCAUACUACAUCACAAAAUUUCCAUUGUUUUGUUCUGUGUCAUAUCGUACUGUAUUGUAUCGUCAUACCAUAGAAUACUGUGUCAUGCAAAGCAGUGAGAAAAGCUUGACAGAUGUCCCCUUAACACAUGAGCAUUUGAGUCAAUGAGCAUUUACAAUUACUUUGAUGCAAGCAGAAUUAAAAACAGAUAUACAAACCUAAAAAACAUGCUAAGAACAUAUUAAAAAAGGCUGGCCUGGAAGCUGUCAAGUGCAUUAGAUGUGAACUUUUCUGUAACCUGUACUGUUCAUUAAUUAAACCCAACAAACAGAGCUGAGCAUACGCGUUUUUCAGUCAACUUUAAUGUUGGCCUGGUGCAGCUCUAGUCUUCUGUCAUGUUGUGAGUAACGUUGCAGUUAUCACAUGUACUAGCCACCGAAGGCUUUAAGCCUUUGUUAUGUAGGACAGCUUUAGAGACAGGAAAUGUAGAGAGUAAGACACACACAAUAUUAUGUUUGGAUUGAGACUUAAUCUUGCAACCAGUGCGUUGAGGACUGUAGCCUUUUGUAUAGACCAACUCAACUCUGGGCUGAACCUGUAGCCCAGCUGCACACAACUUUUAACUAAGCAAUAUUGAUAUUAUCAGGCUCACAUUUAACAUCCAACAUUGCAUUUCAAUCAGUGUAUGAAGAGGAAGGUUGUGAAAGGGAGCCUUUUUGAUCAUCAGCAGAGUGUGUUAUCAGCUGUAAACAGCAGAGCAUCAAGAGGUUGUUUUAUUGAUCAUGGAUGGUAAACUUUAACAGAUAAAUAAAGAAAAAGUUUGUUCAGUUUACUUGGGCUGCUGGCUCAGGUCAAUCAAUCAAUCAAACUUUAUUUAUAAAACACUUUUCCUGCAGGAAUGUGACUCAAAGUGCUUUACAGUCUUGUUAAAAACAAAAAACUAUCCCAGAUGCCCCCUUACCCCCCACCCCCCACCUACACACACGCACAAACGCCAAUGCACCCGCACAUACACACAUUAAGAGAAUGGGCAUGAGGUAUCCUCUAUGUGCUUGGAAAAACUGAUGAUUGUCUUGUCAUUUGUAUACCACUACUGUACUGUGGUAUUAUGGUCAUUGUGGACCAUGUAUCAUUAGUUACCUUGCUACUACCACCUCCACUACUGCCAAAAAGCCCCAAUCACAUCCUUCCCCUGAUUGCUGAGAAGCAAUAUUAGGUAUUUGGCAGGUAGAUAUGACAGUUUUGUCUUUUCAUGCCCCUUUUACUCAAAGUUUUGUGUAGAGCUUGUGUCCAGCUUUUUGACAAUGCAUUUACGUUAUUCACCUUCUGCAUUGUUUUGGUCUGGCUGUAAGGAGUUAGGUUUAAUGCAAUUUUCAGUCAGACCAACAGUCAUUGCUAAGAAUUAAAGGUCUCUAAAUCUCUAUAAACCGGUCCAAAGAUGUUGUAAAUUAGCACUAAUAACCAAUGACAAAACUGGUCCUCACUAGAACCCGAAUGGUUUGAUGUACAUUAAAAAUAUAUGUAAUAAUUUGCCACAGACUCGAGAUGCUCUCCUUACUUUAAUGGAAGAUUCUGGACCAUUACUCAGAGACUGGUGACCCCAAAACUGACAAAGCCACUGUAUGUUGCUUUUUCUCCAUGAAUUUGUCACCCAUAAGGAAAACAAUGGGCGUUCUGCUACGGGUAUAAAAGCCCUCUGUCCUUUGUGAAGAUUUCCCACAAGAUUUACAGAAUUUGGUUUCAGGGAAAUGUUUCAAUCCUGAACACAUGACCCGGUUCUGCUCAGUUAAACCUUUUCAUAUGAGGCUACAGUCACGAGGAUGUCAGAUCUGGUUUUUAGGUUUUUCACGGAGACUCCAACCAGCAGUGUUGUGUACAGUAAAUCACAAAUAAAUGGACGCUUCAGCACAUUAUGUCCAAAUAGGUCUUGCCUCUGUCUGGCACGUGUGUGCACGCUCCCUGUUUGGCCGUGUCCCUCUUUGUGUGGCUCUUGUCUGGGAGUCUAUCAAAUGACGUUUAAAGGUCACUGCCAUUAAUUUUCCAUUCUUAUGGGAGGCAGCUGAAUGAGCAAGAUGGACAGCCCUGUUGCUCUGAAUGAAUUAGAGUGAGGCUGGCGGUGAGGCCUGCAGUUGGAGUUUAUCAGUCAUCAGAGAUGGAAGUCAGGGCUCUGUGCAGGAAAAUCUAGAUAACUAAUUCCUCUGCUGACGUUGUGUGUCACGGCUUUGUUCUGUUGAAUCUGGAAAAAAUCAAAACAAACAGUUGACAUAAACUUUGAAGAAACCAUUGUUUGUGCAUCAUUGUACUCUGAACUCUUAUGAUUUCCCCUCAUCUCAGAGAAAAAACACAUAAAAUCUCAGUUCUCCUUUGACCUCAUUGUUUAUUUUCAGUUGGCCUAAAAAAAACCUUAUUCAAACUAAUUCUUUAGAAAAUAAAUUGAAAAUGAUUAUUAAACAAACACAUUACAGAAAUUCCAAAAAUCAAGAACAAAAAUGUGAAAAUUUCCAUUUUAAUGUGAUUUCGAACGGUAACGCAGAUGAUUUGAGAAUGUUCUUGGUGCUUUUUCUACCCGUCAGUAGGCUGAUAAGAACAUAGUGGACAUAGUGUUUGUUCCAUAAGUGGGCAGCCUGACAAUAUUUCAUGUGAAACCAAUAUUUUAAACUAUAUACAUAUAGCUCUCAAUAUAUGUAUACUUGGCUCUUAUUUAUAGUUAACAGUGUCAUAGUUCAUGGCUUUAUCAAGUGUUUUCCUGAUGUCUGUGAUGGUGGCAGUGUCGUGAAUCACAUGCAUGUUUACAUUUUACUGUCAUGUGACACAGACUCAGACUGCACAGCCAUCAGUUUCUCCAUGGGUUCAAAUGAGGGGCUGCAUUGGAGUGACUUCAGAUCAAUGUUAUCAGGCAUCAAUGAGAAAGUCAGGAUUUCAUGACACCUUCAGGUCAUAUGACCGACAUUGUGACUAUUGCAUUUUAAUGAUACAUCUCUCCGCCUCUGAAUCAAAUGCUUCUUCCCUCCAGUUUUCUUGGUUUAGAUCACUUUAUCAGACUUCAACAUUUGCAUGACCCAAGACUAAAACCCUCUCAUGAUACUGAGCAUGUUUGACUUCAUCUGUAUGGAAACAAACUGGAGAAUUUUUCGCCAUUUCAGCAAAAUUCAAAUUUUUUUUACAAAGUCAGAAAAAUGGCUACAAGGGUUUCACACUGGCCUUAGAUGUUUUUGUUCGAUAAAAUUACUCACAAUGUUAUAAAAAUCUGUCGUGCAUUGAUCCACAGUGUUGAGUUAGGAGGUUGUGGUGUAAAUGAAGUGAGUAUUUGAUUUGUGCACUCAUUCUGUGAAGAGUCACAAUAUUUACUCACUUCUGUGUUUAUUCAUCAGAAACAUGUGAAAACUGGUUCAGUAUUUGUGUUUACGAUGCAGGAUCAGGUCUUUCAGCACCUCCAUGAUUGUUACAAAGGGCUGCAAUGGGACAGCAGGGAGCUGUCAGCUGUGACAGCUCUGUCUGUAAGACUGGCAGGUCCAUGUGUUCUUUCUGUGCGUGACCUCUGACCUCAGAUUUGCUGCAGCAGCAUGUGUCUGUGUGUGUUUGGCAUGUAAGAGGCAGAAUCCCCUUUAACAACAGGGGGGUUGUAUUCAGCUGGUCUUUCCUCACAGCAGGACUGAGCCACAGGGUUCCCUCAGCAGAGAGGACUUGAUGCUUUUCUGUGUCAUGUAGACUGAGGGUGUUUGAGACUUUUUGUCUGACAGUACAAACUAUCACAGGCCUGGGGCUCAGGGACUGCCUGCUAUCUACUUACCUACUCAAGCAGUAGCUACUGCCUACUGACUACUCAAAGAUGAUUUGAGUAUGCCGCGGCUGCCCGAGCGUUUACACACAUACAUACUAAAUACCCCAGAAUGCAUUUCGUGCCGGCCGGACGCAGCGCCGGGAAAAUUUAAAUAGUCCUACCACAAGCUACAUAGAACGACUGCAUACCGGACAAAUUACAUAAAUUCAUUCAAUAAUAAUAUUUUUUCUAGCGAGAAAGUAAGUGUUUACAUCACGAUUAUGAGCCCAGUUGUUUGAAAUAGUGGCUGUUUGUAAAUUUGUCUCGGCGUUUUCGGAGACCGAAGCGUCCACUUGGUCGGUGUUUGCGUCUAUUUACCGUAAACACCGGGCAGCAGCAGCUCCCCCUUCACGUGUCCAAAUUAUUGCGAAGUGUUUUCAUAAUCAACAUCUACACGACACAAACCGGGCGGCAGUGGAUGAAAAAAAUCACACAAACAUCCGUGUAUCCAUGGUGAUAAUGCUAUACACCACCUGCUAGGCGUGUGAUGAGCAGCAGAGGGCUGCAAAAUGACCAACACACAACAACAUGUAAAUAAAAAUGUAACACUUUUAUAUAUUGAAUAAAUGUACAUUUGCUUGUCAAAUUAUGUUAGUAUCCAAGAAUUAUAUUAUUUCAGCCUAUUAAUUAAACAAGUAAAAUUAGAUCCAAAGCCUGGAAAUAGUUGUGACUGGUUUAGUGAAAACUGCAAAGAUCAUUACCAUAGCAAUUAAAAGACCAUCUGCAGACCUUGCCUUCAGUAGUUUCAUGUGAACUACAUGGUAAAAUGUAAAACUUUUGUUUCCUGAUUUAUGCAGUAAAAAUAUUCAUUUGAAAGACCUGGCCUAUUUCAGUUUUGUGUGUUACUGAUGGUUUUUAAUGAGGCAAACGUGAUUCAAUGCAAAGUAUUACAGUGAGAGCAAAACAUUUCUUAUCCGAUUACUCGAUUAAUCGACAGAUUAAUCGAUAGAGUACUCGAUUACUAAAAUAAUCGAUAGCUGCAGCCCUACUAUUGAUGUCUGUUAGUGUAAUUUGUAAGGAAAACAGUAUUAUCUUACUCACUCAAUAUGUCUUGAACACACAAGAUAUUAUGAUGUCAGAAUUAGCUUUAUUGGCCAAGUAUGUGUACACAUAAAAGGAAUUUGACUCUUGUAAACUUCACCCUCUACGUACAAACAUUAAACAUGAAAUGCUACAAAAAUGUACAAGCUUGAACUCGACAUGUAACUUACAUAUACAAGACAGUCGUGCAAUAGUGAGGAGUGCUGUGAUGUUACCUGCCUGUUUCCUGACCCUGGACCAGUAUAAGUCCUGGAUGGAGGGCAGGUUAGCCCUGAGGAUUUUCUCUGCAGUCCCGGUUGUCUGUUAAAAUCUGUUCCUGUCCUGCUUGGUGGUGGACUCAAAUCAAACAGUGAUGGAUCUGCAGAGGACAGACUGGAUGAUGGUGGUGUAGAAGUGGAUCAGCUGCUCCAGGAACCAGAAUGAAUCUACAAUAGACACUGGCUGUUGUCCUGGUGUUCACACACACGUCCUCACAAAAGCUGAUGUAAGAUGUCACAGUUUCAGUGAGUUUGCUGAGUCCAGUCAGUGCAGUCGGAGCAGGCCUGAAGCUCCAGCUUCGACUCCUCCGUCCAUCUCGUCACAGUCCUCACUACAGGCUCAGCAGUUUUUAGUUUCUGCCUGUAGGUCGGGAUGAGAUGGAUCAGACAGUGAUCAGAGUUCCAGAGCAGCGCAGGGGCAGAGCGAUAAGUGUCUUUUAAAACAGUGUAGCAGUGGUCAAGAGUGUUCGAGUCCCUGGUGGGACACUUCAUAUGCUGUCUAUAUUUAGGUCGCUCCUAAAUCAGAGAGGCUCAGUUAAAAUCCUCAAGAAUGAUGAGCAGGGAGGUCCGGAUGUUUUUUCUCCACGUCUGUUAGCUGGUUGUAGCGCCUCAGUUAUGAUGUAAACACCAACCAGCACAAACAAAGACAACUCCUGGGGUGUAAAAAACGGUUUAAAGUCCAGGAAAAGGGUCUCUAAAUGAGGGCUGCACCAUCUCUUCAACACUGAUAUCUGUACACAAACCUAUCUUGCAUGCUCAAUAUCAAAGCUCGCACAAGAAAUUUACAUCAGCGCUCAAAACAAUCACUCAUCGCACAAUCUGAUACCUUGUGCGCCAUUACAUUUUGUGCAUGUCAGCUCUUACUGCAGACUGCUCCAUCUCUGAAAACCACAUUUUAGUUGAAGUUGAUUAUUCUGGAGUCACAGCUGGAACACUCAUAUUAAAACGCCCCCAGUUUGUCUGAACGUUACAGUCACCGCUGAGCCGAGCUGUGUGAUCACACAGAGCAGGAGACAUCCUCCCCCUCAUUGUAUUUAUAUCCACAAGUUAGCUGCUGCUGCCAUAAACUUGAUUUAAUGUUCGCACCUGUGCUCCUGUUCCCAGACAACAUCUUCAGAGUAAAGAGACCCCCAAGCUAGCCUGAUACCCCAACACACCAAAGUCUGCCGCUGUGGCUUCAGACGAGCCUCUGAUCAGUUUCAGUGAGGGAAAACUUACUUCCUGCAGAGCUCACGGGGUUCCUCGAGUCAUGUAGCUGGUUUGGUGUUUUGUCUGCAUGUCUGCAUCCCAUCUGUCUUUGCAUGACUCCAGCUCGACACUCUGAAGUGGUUUUGACUGAAAUGGUCAACAGUUGACAGGUGACAGCAGUUCAUCUGGUGGCCAAUAUGUGAUGCUGAUGGUUUUUUUUUUGUCUUUUUUAAAGAUCAGGCUUGUGAGGCUGAUAGCAAAAAUAACAUCUGCAGACACUGCAGGCGGCCUCAUCAGUGUGGCUGCUGUUGAGCGAUUUCAACAUCCCCCUAAUAAAAAUGUAUUUUUGUAUCUUGAUUGACAGAAAUUUUUGCUUGAUAUAAGGCUGGACGAUAUGGGCUAAAACUAGUCACUGUUAUGGGAUUUUGACUAAUAAGAAUUUGACAUAGAUGGGCAAUAAAAAAGGGGAUAUUCUGAGGUGUUUUUUUGUAAGUUGUUCUCUGAUGAAUCUCUCCUCUGCUCUCUCCUCAGUAUCGGAUGCAGACAGCAGUGAAGGAGGCUUCCAGCUAAAGAAGGAACAUGCCCUACGAGUGCUCGGCUACAUCAGCUCCUGGACACAGAGGUCAGUACCGCUGAGAUCAACCCGCCAGCAUAGUUGGAAACGGCUUCUGUUGAAUCCAGUCUGUAGAAAGUGUUUCCAAACUGUCGUCCCCUGCUGCUUAGUUAGUUUAUACAAGAAUGAUCCGUUGAAAAAAUUGAGAAACAAAUCAAGACUCUGGCAGGAUUUUCAGUUUAAUGUCACAGCAGUAUUCUUCAAGUCUUCAUACAGUGGAUCUCAGAUGAUUCAUGAUCUGUUUGGAUCACUUCCCACAUUCGGAGACACUUGUGAUGAAAAACAGUGGCGUGAAAUAAAUUUAUUGAGCAUAAAUUCCUGCGCGGUCUGGAAGCAGUGUGCCUCUUCAUCACUGCUCUGAUGUUUUCUUUUUUUUUUUUUCAUCCUGUCUCCUCUUCUUUUUUUUGCUUUUGUCCCGUGUGUGUUUGGUGUAAGGCACUCUUGAUCAGCUGCGUUGUGUUUAAAGUGCUAUAUCAAAAAAGUCUCAUUGAUCAACAGUUAGUGUGUCUUUCAGUCUUUUCUUUUGCAGGAUUUCAUCACUGUUAAUCACUUUAAGUUUACAUUGACCCCUCGUGACUUUUUCAAGGCAUUAAGUAGUGAACCUUUUGAAACUGUGAUUUUAUAAAAUUCAGGAAAAACAUCUUGAAGUUGAUUAAAAGCGGAGUAAAAAUCCUGUGAAGAAGAACCGACUCCAGCCCUUUUUGGCUCCCUGUCAACCUGGAUAAUCUGAUCUGUGGAAAUGAUAAAGUUCUUACACAGUUUUCUCAAAACUUGCGUUCAUACAAUCAUCGAAUUUCUGGGUCUGUGAGGCUUCAGAUGAGCUUUUUUUUCUUGAACUCUGCCAGCCUUCUGAAUUAACAACUAUCUCCUAAACCAGAUUUGUUUAUAUUUUCUAGUUUAAUUUGCUCCAGGAGUCAAGAUUGUUAACGGAUGUGAAGGUUGGGAGUAAUGGUGAUUCUCAUUUGUUUGUGUAAAGCGGGUUUUUUUAUUCAUGCAGCUGGAAUGUUUUUAUAUUUGGAUUCGGAAGACAAUGUGGAAAAAGCUGACCUAAACAUUUCAAAUCUGCUGACUCAUUUUUUUUUACAGUUAGCAAGAAAAAAGACUCAUUUAUUAGCCUACUGUGUUUUCUUUGUUGGUGUGUAAUUCUUCCAUCUGUGAGAGAGCUAGAGGGAAUAGCUGGUGACCAGUCCAGCUGGAGGAAUACCUCCCAAAUAAUGAGGUCAAUUAUCAACUGGUUAGUAACAUGACUUCAGUGAGGCUGAGUCUCAUAGGAGGAAGAAGUUCACCACUCUGUGAGAGACUGUGUGAGCACAUAGUUCAUGCAGUUAUGACUACAGUUUGUCGCGACAUUCACAAAUUCCAGUCAAAACUCUACCAUGCAAAGAGUAAAUCAUAUAAAAACAUGGUUCAGAAUUACUGGCAACUUCUCUGAGCCAAAGUUCACUUCAGAUGGUUUGAGGUAAAGUGAAAAACUUGUCUGUCGUCUGAUGAAUCAAAAUCUGACAUUCCUUUUGGGAAUCAUGGGAGCUACAUCCUCGGCUUUGUAGAGGAGAGGGAUCACCUGGCACGCUAUCACCACACAGUUCAAAGCCAGCUGCCCUAAUGGCAUGGGGAUCAUCAGUGUCCAUGUCAUGGGUAGAUUCCCUAGAGUCCUGCUGCUAAACUUGCCUGCCUGCAGUCCUGACUUGUCCCUCAUUGAAAACAUUUAAAGCAUCAUGACACAAAAAAUAGGACAAAGGAGACCCUGAACUGUUGAGCAGCUGACAGCAUUUCACUUUCAAACUGCAGAAACUGGUCUCUUGGGUUCACUAGUGUUUACAGAGUGUUGUUAAAUAAAGAGCUGAUGCUACACAGUUGAAAACAUGAGCCUGUAACAACUUCUUUAAAAUGUGUAGCUGAUGUCGAACAUGUGAUGUGUUGAAAGUAUCACAAAAACCUCCACAGAUUCAUACCUCCACAGACUUCUCGUGGGUCAUGAGUGCUUUUUAAAAAGUGUUUUGGUUUCCUAACACAGUUUUCCCCUGUGAUGUCUCUGCAGACAAUGUCUCUGCUGCUUCAAGGAGUACAAGCACCUGGAGGUCUUCAACCAGCUGGUCUAUGCCCUCAUCAACCUGGUCAUCGCGCAGAUUAGCAGCCUAAGAGACCGCCUCUGCCGGGUCCAGGACCACACCCUUAGAGGGGGUGCGUCUGGAAAUGAGAGGUCUGAAUGGCGAGGGGGUGAGGCUGCACCCGGGUCCCUCCCCCAGCCGUCCUCACCUGGGGAGGAUGAACCUGUGAAUGUAGAAAGAGACUCUGCAGAAGAGGAUGCAGACGCCCCCGACCUUAACCAGAACAAGACCCAGGGCCAGGGUCAGGGGGCCAACCAGCCGUGUGAACCCCAGAUGGAAGCACUUGGACCUGAGGAGAGCAGCAGUGGGUCUGGGGGUGGAAGUAGUGGUGGUGCAGGAGCAAACAGCAACACUGACAGUCAAGACCCGUUUAGUUCCUGGAGCACAGAGGAGAGAGAGAAACUUCUGUUGUGUGCUGCCAAGAUCUUCCAGAUCCAGUUCCCCCUCUACACAGCCUAUAAACACAACACACACCCCACAAUAGAGGUAAGGACACUCUACAAGCCCUCUAACACCACAAAACUCAAAAUCCACUCAAAAUCCAGAGGAGAUAAUCACAGAAGUCCCUAAUAUGUUUCCUAAGCAGGAGUUUAUCCCACUUUUGUUGCUGCUCAUACAAAUUUCAGGAUUUUCUGAACACUAACCUGUGUUUUCAGUGAAUAAGUCAACUGGCUGCAUCCAGCACACUGACACAAACAUGAAUUAAUUUGCAUUGUCCUUAUAGAAAAAUAAAUGUAUGAAACACCAUUGAAAUCAUUAACCAAACAAAACUAAUCUCUGUCAUUACUCGGCUGUAAAAUAAACCAAGUUUGUCAUCACAAAUUUCCUCCAUUAAUGUGAGAAUCCUGCCUCUUUUUUUCAGGACAUAUCUGCUCAUGAGAGCAACAUCCUUGGAUCCUUCUGCGACAUGAACGUAAGUGAUCUGUCAUAUUCUGCCUGACCUGUUUUGUUUUUUUCACUAUAUCUCUACUUUUUUAUUAGUUGAUUUUAGAAAAUAAGGAGGGAGUACAGUGAUACAGGGCCAUUUCCACAAGUCCCUGGUUUCUGUAUGACCAAAGUAAGAGCUAUGCACAUAUAAAGGUGGUUUGUAUCCAGAUGAAAAAAGUCUGGGACAAGUGUCGGCACCCUCAUGUUGAAGGUCAUGGUUCUUCUGCCGGAGUCAGUGGUCCGCUCUCUCUGGGGCUUCCCCUAGGUUCAGCUAUCUCAAGGUCUUGUUCAUGAGGACGGGUAAAAAGGAUUGUGAGAUUUACAGAUGGAUUGGUGCAGCAUGAGCAGUUAUGUUGGUGCUGUUCCAGACCACUGUAGUGAAGAGGGAGCUGAGCUUGAAGGAAAAGCUUUUAGAUUUACCAGUUGAUCAAUGUUCCUGCUCUCAUCUUUGGCCGUGAGCUUUGGGAAGAGACUAAAAGAACAAGAUCCUGGGUACAGCUGGUUGAAAUUAGUUUCUUCUUAAGGGUCACCAUCAGGAGCUUAAGUGCUGGGGGUUGCGUUUGGCUCAAAACAAAGCUUUUGCGUCUUUGCAUGAAAAAGAGACCGUUUGAGAGGUUCAGGCGUCUUAGAAGGACGCCUCCUAAACACCCUUUGGAAGUUCCCCAAUAGAAUUAGACCCUGGAGGACCAAGAAUGGACUGGAGGGAUAUAUUUCCACAGAUCCUGGAUAAUGGGGGGAAAAGAUGGAUGGAAGGAUAGACGGAUAAAUACAUGUAUGGAUAGACUGAUUGAAUGUAUGAAUUGGUUGGUUGGUUUAUGGAUAACUGUAUAAAUCUACAAUCAAAUGGAUCGAUGGAUGAUAGUUUAUGGAUGGAUGGCUUGACAGUUGGAUGGAAUGAUGGAUGAUUGAUAAGUGGAUGAUUAAAUGUAUAGAUGAAGGUAGGGGUACACAGGUUUACAGUAUAUUUAUUCCAAAUUGUGCAGUUACAUUCAAAGUCCUGCUACCAGCUGAGUUUACUGAAGUUAUGAAAGACAAAGUCCUUUCUUGCACACAAAAAAAACUACAAUAAAGAAAUUGUCUGGCUUGUUGUUGAUGGUUUCAUUUGCGGGUCAUAAAAAGGCAAAGCUGUAGAUUUCAGGCUCUUUCAUCACCUGUUAAAAACUCCUUUAGCACACCACAUUAACACACUCAUACUGUUGUUGUAUAUUACAGGAAGCGAAAUGUACAGAAUGUAAUGUAAUCUUUUUAGAGCCCCCCCGCCCCCCCAAAUGUCUCAGGGGAGGCUCUAAGGGAAGCUUGUGCCCAUUACAGGGGAGUUUUGCUCCUUUUCUUCCUCUGUAAUGGGAACCAUGGAUGGAUUUUAAAUUUUCAGCAUAAAAGCUUCAGAUGAGCUCAACCUUUUGAAAGAGUCAUGAGGAAAAUCACAUGUAAAAUAAAGGAGAGGAGCUUGCAGAGGCAGCCAAUGCUAAAACAAUAAAAACAGAAGGAUUUUGUUAUUUGUCUCCUUGUGCUCGAUAAUCACCAAAGUUUUCACGCAACUCAUGCAAACUUUAUUUUAUAGUUCCAGUUCAGGUCAGUCAGUGUGGUGACAUUUUUCAAUGUGCGCUCAAAUCUGUGUUGGGUAACUAUUGUCCACAUUUCCUGCCCUCUGUGGAGGUUUUUUUUUGAAUCAACGCCCACGUUUUUACAGCAUUCUGAGCCACAUAAAGUCUGCAGUAACAGGGUUUCAUCGGUCUGAGCUCCUGCCACUGCUCUUUGUCUUCAGAGAUGAAAACUCAAACAGAUCACACUCGGUUGAAUAGAGUUAUUUUGUGAAGGAAUGCUGCACCCCAAACUGCUAAAUGAGCUCAUGAGGAUAAUGUGAUUUGUAGAUUUGAACCUUAGUGUUUGAGAGGGUCAUAAAAUGGGAGUUACGGUUUUAAUGGAUAUAGUUUGGGUUCCUUCAGAUGUAGCCAGUGUCCCUCAGAGAGCUGUAAUGUGCCCCUUGAUGAUCUGCUAGCUCUGUGAAUUUUCCCUUCCUGCUGUAAUAAAGUUUUCAUUGAGCUCAGGGGCUUUUGGGAGGGAAUUCAGAACGGGCUGUGUGAAGAAUGGAGAAAACAAUUGGGCCGGAAAGAAAGAAAAACUUCCAGGUUUCACUGUCAGGGAGAAGACAUGGAAACUAAGCUAAGAUCAACUGGAGCUGUGAUCAAAUGAAAAAAAAUCUAAUAUUUUACAGCACAAAAAUUAAAUCAAUAAUAUUAGAUCAUGAGAUGAAAAUGCUGAAGUGAGUGAAGUUUAUCAAAUUAAUGUUGAUUGAAAAACAAUUGGCCCAGUAGAAUAUUACCACAUGGGGCUUUUGGAUUUCUUUCCAGCCAUCUUUUUGAAAUAGAAAUUAAUGUAUAGAUUCAUUAUUCUAUGCACAUUAAAGUUAUUUUUUGCCUUAACCGUGUUCCUGUAGUGGCGAUUGCUCUAAGAAUGCAAGGAAAACUCAGCUUCUCCCUAAAAUGUAAAAAAAAAAAAAAAAGUGAAACGUGUACUGCUUUGUGUAUAUUUCACUGACUAAAUAUGCACUAGAACGCAUUUAUGUUUCGUUCAGAAUCCGCUACUAAUUGCAGGUAACCGACACGACUUCCUUCUCGUUCAUCCCUGCAGCGCCACAGAGCUUUACACAGUUGGAUGCUGAGCAUCUACUGACUUCAGUAGGGAAUCUUAGAGUGGGUUGUUCCACCGUGCGAAACAGGAAACUGGAAUCCCUUUUUGAUUGACAGCAAAAUGAGCGAAUCAGCGUUAAAGAUGUCAAAGUAUUAACAUCGACUGGAGCAUUUUCCAAGUUUGUCAUUCCAUUGUUCCGAACUAAUCCAGAGACUUAACCGAUCCCUAGCAACUUUGUCUUUUUUUAAAAACAACUAGCGUUGUGUUUGGCGACUCUCUUCUGUCACGACAGGGUCACAGAUCAUUUUCUUGAAAAGGAACGGAGGGUAGAACUGAGCUUCUUGCAAAGGGCCUGCCAUUAAAAAGGCAGUCAUACAGGCUUUAACUAUUCCUGCCAGCUCCUUGUUGGUGGCACCUCCUCCUCCUCCUUGUCCUCCUCCCUGUUCUUCAGGUGUUUAGGUGUUGUGAUUGUCUGCUCAGUGUGGCUUUUCUCGACCUUGUCCUCCAUUGUUGUAGAAUAACUUGACUGUAUUAGUUUGCUGAGGUCAAGAGUAACAUUUAGUGGUCAGGUUACAAUGAGAGCACCUUCUGCUCGAUCUCAUGGAAGUCUGCUUUAGGCAGCCUGAUGUGCUGAAUUACUGGUUUGGAUAUGAACUUUCUCCAUAGAGUUUAAAUGAAGGUUCAGAUUUUGGAAGUGUAAGGACUAACACUAACCAGCUGCUGGUAGUGUAUCAUGUCUGUGAGUACCUGUAUGUACCUCUUUGUACUCGUAUGUAUCUUUGCACCUGAUGAUGUGUUUUAUCUUCAGGACGUGGAGGUUCCUCUGCACCUGCUGCGUUACGUCUGUCUGUUCUGCGGGAAGCAUGGCCUCUCUCUGAUGAAGGAGUGCUUUGAGCUGGGCACACCGGAGAGCCUCCCCUUCCCCAUCGCCCACGCCUUCAUCACUAUCGUCUCCAAUGUGAGUUCACAAACCAAAAUAUUUCCUGGAUUAAACUGAUAUUUAAUCCAUGAUUUUUGUUUUGCUUGACUUUAUGAUUUUACGACUCGUCUCUUCUAUUUAGCUGUCUUUGUUAAGCACUUUGUGUUUUUAAAAAUGUCAUUUAUUGUUGUAGUUCAAAAGACAUCAAAUGUAGAUUAUCUGCCUUUUUAAUAUAUCAGUUUGGUUCUAAUGUUGUGAUUUUUCUCUGCCCACAGAUCCGAAUAUGGUUGCACAUACCUGCAGUAAUGCAGCACAUCAUACCGUUUCGCACCUAUGUAAUACGGUGAGUUCACUACCUGUCAAAAUUCUCACAGAUGUUAUUAAUUGAUUGUAUGACGACUUUAUAGUUAGAUUUCGGGCCCCGUUACAGAGAUUUUGUUGCGUUACUAGUGUUGGAUCUGAACUUAACUUAACAUUAAGGUUCUACAUUAAGGUGACCAGACGUCCCCGAUUUCCGAGGACAGUCCCCAAAUUGGAUGACCUGUCCCCCCGAAAAUGUCCCAGAUUCAAGCAUUUCAUGAAUGAGAAGAAAAAUGUUGUGUGUAGGCUAGAACAAUGGUUAGUCCAGUAGCCGUAUGGGUAGGAAGCACAAGUAAGCAGUUCUGAACAACAGUUCUUACAGGGGUUAUUACACGGGGCGUGCGCUGCUACUAAAUAGUACCAAGAUGUUGUUUGUGAUCAUGCAGCCCAUGCAGCCCACCCCCCCCUCGCCGCCGCUGCCGCACCGAAUGUCCCCGUAUUUCAUUACAGAAAUCUGGUCACCUUAUUCUACAUUGAAGUGUAGAGUUUGUGCUUGCAUGUCUGCAAUUUCAGACUGAGAAGUGUUCUGGUUUUGGUUUGUUGUACACAUGUAGUUUAAAUGGUAUUGACCAAUCAGGUGCCUGCAAGCCUUGGUGUUUACAGCCUGUAAGGAGAGCAAAAACAGGCAGAACACCAUUUAUCCUCAUUUUUUGUGAAUGCAUAUCUGCAUGCAACAACAGCGGAUAGUCUUUUUCAGAUCAAAGGCAUAUACACUAAUCUGCUUGAUGUUGUGACGCUAAAGACAAUUAGUUUUUAGAAUUUCUGACUUCCUUAAAUACAUCAUAAAUGUUAGGUCUAAGAUUAUUUUAAAAGCACAAACAUUAUAAAAUUUGGUUUUCUUUUCCUCGUGAGGACAGACCUGAGAAAGCUUGUGUUUUGACUUUUUACCAAUCUGCAUGAUGUGGUUAUUUCAGCAAACUUCAGACAUAUUCAUCAUAAGAAAAUCAGUUUCUUAGACGGUCAUUUUCAGCAGAGAUCAGGAAAUGUUACUCUGAUGUUCCUAAAAUGCAGCUCUUCUGCACCUUCUUAAAGUCAUGUAUAAAACCAGCCUGUGCAGUCUUAAAUCUUCUUACAUACGACCAAAAAUCAAAGCGACAGCAUUUUCCCAGAAUUACUCAGAGCGUCUACAUCCUGCCUCAUGUCUGUCUGACUUGCUUGUUUGUAAAUGACUGAGUCGCUGCCAUUUUGUGGAACACCUUUUCUCCCUGACAGCGCAGCAUCCGACAUCUCCUCCACCCAAAUCGCACUGAAAGACGUGCAACUUCUGCAGAGAAGCGGCAGUGAUUUUUUUGAUUCAAGUCAGAGCAAAAUAGAUACCUGUGCAUUAUGACUAGAUCUCGAUGUAUGCCUGAAUGUUCUGUGAGAUAGUAAUAAAUGCAGUAUUAGGCUUUUUAAGUGCUUUGUAAACGGUUUAAGCUCCACUGUCUGGCUGUCUGAGUCAGACGUGAUCGAUUGAGUCUCCAAGCUCUCCCCUGUCCUGUCUCCCUCCGUCUGUCUCUCACUCACUGGCUCGCUCGCUCAGUCUGUGCACCUCACUCAUUCGUGCUCUCUUCCCCAAAUACCUAAGUGCCUCACAUGUGUUGCUAGGAAGAGCUUUUGUCACCAUGGCAACAGUUGCCAGGCCUCCAGUGAACCUCUCCUCACAUGACCCGAGAAGAAGCAGGCUCGGUCAUGUGAUGCAGGCAGACUGAUGCUCUGCUGCUGUCUCACAGGGUGAAGAGACACACAGCGGCCAUAUGCACUGACUAAUCUACUCGUACUACCGUUAUUAAUGAGGAUAAGAGGGUCAUUCCUUUGAUUUCACUGUUUGUUUUUUUGUUCGUUUUCACAGUCAGUACGUGUCAUUUUUUCCCCUCUUUCAAAAUAAGACCGCAAACAGACAGCCUUGACUGCAGGUUUAAAUGCAUCUCCACAUGUUCUGAGGAGGCAAUGAGAUCUGAUCACUCACUGCACACACACAUGUACAUAUGUAAAAAAAUACAGCUUUACAGUGUCUGUACUCAGUCAUUAAAGAAGAAGAAUGCAUUUGGUUUGGGUAGGUGAUAAAAGAGGCUAAUAAAGAUGAACUUGAUGCUGUCAUUUGAGCUGUUACAGAGCCUGAGCAGAUUUUAAUACAUUUAACAAGAAGCCUUUGUCUUUCACGCGCACUUGAUUGGGAGUGUUUGUUGUGGAGGGAAAUACUCUUUGUCAUGCAGCUUGACAGGACUCUAAAGGGCAGCACGCACCGGAGGCAAACUGUGAGCUCACCAAAAAUACACCAGACCUCUGGUUUUGACUCUGAAGCUGAGAGGUUAGGUUAUCUCAAAAUAAUACUUUACAAGAAGCCAUGAAACAUGAAACAACAGUUGAUGAGAAAUACUGUGCACAGGAAGAUGGGCACAGACACUUUUGACCAGUUUUGAGUAGUAGGUGAGCGUCUCUGCUAUUCGUUCAUGAAAUGUUUUCCACGUUGUUUGCACCUCUCAUUCCUUAUUUUGCUGGUUGAACAUGAAGAAGUAGAAGCUGAAAAUCACUCAUUGUCUGCCCUUCUAAUAACUUUGCUUUUAGAGUAAUUUAAUGCUGAAUAAAAGUAAUAAUCCCGUUUUUAAGGCUGAUGUUUAUGCAGCUUUUCUUUUGCUGGGAGCAGAUUUUAGAAAAAUGUUUUCGGGCGACAGUCCACACAAAGAUUUACUGCAAGUUUAUCCUUAAAAUCAGUCUCAGGUUUCAGAACAAAAUAAAUCAGGAAAAAACAUUUAAAACAGCAAUUUUAGCCUCUUAGCUGGUCGCAACAAUCAACUUGAUGCCUGAAAUCUAUUGCAUUAGGAUGUUUUUUUUGGGAGUCGUGUCUUUUUUGUUGUCUCAGUAGUCAUGGUUGUUAUGGAUGUACAACAGCAGUCCAAAUCUUCCCUGGUGGAUUUUUUUCCUGCCAUGAGUGCUGCUGGGGAAUAUUUCUGAGCUCAGAGGAUUGGGGCGCUGUUCCUGCUAAAAUAGAUGUGAUUGAAACACUGAAGCGAUAUCGAAAUCUCUGCUUAAUAGUCCUAUCAUUCGAAGUGCAGAACCUCCUGUAAUCUGUGUGCAGUCACUCCUGUUCUGUAAUUCUUUUUACAAAGAUAAGCUGCUGGGCUAAAAAUGUUCAUGCUCAUUCAAUAUAAUUAUGACUGAUCUCAUGAAACCCUGGGCGUUGUCUUGCAGGUAUCUGUGUAAGCUGUCCGACCAGGAGCUGCGGCAGAGUGCAGCACGCAACAUGGCCGACCUGAUGUGGAGCACAGUGAAGGAGCCGCUGGACAGCGCGCUGUGCUUCGACAAGGAGAGCCUGGACCUCGCCUUCAAGUACUUCAUGUCCCCCACGCUCACCAUGAGGCUGGCAGGACUCAGCCAAAUCACUGUGAGUUUAAACACCACUGAACUCAGUCACACGUUAAACACAACCAAGGCUAACGGUGACAUUUUAAUGUUCCCACUGAAACCCCGGGGAUCCCUCUGGUUCUGUAUUUCUCAUAUUAGAGUGAAUUUAUUUCACUGUUGAAAGUCGAGCAUUUCAUUUGCUGGAGCUUGAGGGUCAAAACUGUUUCUUCACUCAUCUUCUGUGUCUGUGUUUCCUCAGAACCAGCUCCACACCUUCAAUGACAUCUGCAACAACGAGUCUCUAGUGUCAGACACAGAAACGUAAGAUGCCUGCUCAUGUGUUUCAGAACAUAUUCAGCUUACGUUACAUGAAAUAAUUAACUUUUAUCGAUAUGCUCUGGCAUAAAUCUGCAAAAAGGCUUGUUGUUUUCAUCUUGAAAUAAUCUGAAUCAGGUAUUUUCUGAUAUUUUUUUCAUCCAAAAUCAAUCUUACUAGUUCCCCAUAUGCCUAUCAACAUGUAACAUGUGAACUGAGUGUGAGAAAAUAAACCAAGGAGAAAGAUAACGCUUUAUUUUAUUAAUGUGAUGUCAUUGAAAAGCAGAUAUAUCUCUAUAAUAUGAAUGACAGUUGAAGUGCUGGCUAUUGAGUUGUCACGUCACUGUGUGUCUCUAAAUGUCUAAACUGUGACUGCAUGUCUUUCCAGGUCCAUUGCAAAGGAGCUAGCUGAUUGGCUGAUCCACAACAACGUGGUAGAGCACAUUUUCGGACCAAAUUUGCACAUAGAGGUGAGAACUUUCAUCUGGUAACACGAAAGACUGGAGAAGUGUUGAACACUCUGCUCCUGAAGUUUACGGAGUUGCAUGUUUCCACGUCCCUCAUAUCAGGGAUUAAGACUAGGAUCAUGAGUCUUAGGAAGCAGAGCGUGAUAUCGAUAAGGGGCCGUGAAAGCUGCAGUGUAACAGUUGCAAUGACGAUAGUGUAAAAAGCAACAGAGACCAUCUUGGAAAUGUUUUACCUUCUUCAACCUUGGUUGUUUGUAGUCACUCGUAUGUCACUCCUCCCCUGGGCUUACACCAUUAAGUCACAUGAUCUGAACCACCUGCAACGGCUUGCCAGCUUGUGGUUAAUUUACCUGAAAUUUUCCUAAGAGUGCUCACACAUCAGCGGACUCUUCAUGCAUGGGUUUUACCAGAGGGCCAGCAGCAAAAAAUCCUGUCAGUCGGGGUGGAAAUUUCAGCUGUUUUUGCUCUAUUGUGGAAACAUAGACAAAUCAAAGUAUUAAAGUAAAAUUUAGAGCCUCACUGCAAACACGCUUAACCAAAUUCAAGAUUGUAGGGCAUUUUUUUUCCCUUCCACAGCCAGUCUAAAGUGUGUGUAUGUGUGUGUUUUACAGAUCAUUAAACAGUGCCAAGUGAUCCUGAACUUCUUGGCUGCAGAGGGCCGACUCAGCACGCAGCAUGUGGACUGUAUUUGGGCUGCAGCUCAGGUGAGAAUUGGCAGAUUUACACCUGACUGUGCACAGCUUCGUUAGGCUUCAUUUAUCAGCUUGUUACUGGGAUACCGUCUGUGAUAAGUCAAAGAUGAAAAAGGCAGCGUUGGCUGGCUUUCUCUUCUUGGAGUUAAGAGGUUUCUGUUCAGUUGAUGCAGUGUUGGGUUUUAAUUUGCACUUGGCAGAAUAUAUAAUUGCUUUUAAAUUUGUGCAGCUGAUCGGACAGUUAAAUGUAUCAAACAGAAUAGAGACUUACACUUAAACCCAGCCUACUGUAAUUAAUGGGUUUUGGGUGUAUGUCUUGCUGAUGUUUUGUUGUGUGAAGUCUACUUCUACAUUUUCUGCUUUCUAAAUUUAAAUGUAACUCUGCUUAUUGUUUCUUUUCGUAGUUGAAACACUGCAGCCGGUUCAUCCAUGACCUUUUCCCCUCACUUAUCAAAAACCUGGACCCAGUGCCUCUCCGUCACGUCCUCAACCUGGUGUCAGGCCUGCACCCGAGCGCACACACAGAGCAGGUACACUCACAUGAAACCUGAAAAAUCACCUUAAAAUGCACAUUGUGAUUUUGUUAACAGGUUGCUGUAUCUUUAAGGUGUUUGUUUUUUAUGAUGAAGGCGUAAUCUCGUUUCCCCUCCCCUUCCUCAGACGCUGUACCUGGCCUCCAUGCUGAUUAAAGCUCUAUGGAAUAACACUCUGGCAGCCAAGGCCCAGCUCUCCAAACAGAGCUCCUUCGCCUCCCUGCUCAAUACGAACAUCCCAAUGGGCAACAAGAAAGGUCGGUCUAGACGCCUGCAGGGCUCAAGGAAAAAAAGACAGAUGAAUUCAAACCACAUAUAAAGUGUUUUAGUGGCAGCUAACCAGUGAUAGGCUUUGUUCAUUUGAAAAUGGACAGAGUGGGGAGUUCAUUCAGAUUGACCAAAGCAACAUCCAAGCAUCAAAAUACUGUGACUUUCAAUAUAUAACAUGACUAAAGGUUUCAAUAAACUUCUGUUUAUUCUAACCAAAACAGUAGAUUUAAGUGUAUUUGUUGAAUAACAUGAAUUAGUUCCUUAAAUGUUCUUGUGGCAGGUUUGUUUUCUUUCUAACACAUUUGUCAGCCUGAGUUUCUGGUCCUCAAUCCGUCUCCUCCUCUGCUCUCAGGUUCACCAGCCGCCAGUCCUGACAGCAGCGACAACAGCGACACUCAGCACAGCGGGGGCAGUGAUAUAGAGAUGGACGACCAGAUGAUGACCGGCAGCAAGAGAAGCCAGCAGAGGCUAUCCGACACAGAGGUAAAAACACAUCUUUCAAGCCAAUUUGGACCAUUUCCAUAAGUGGGCAUGCAGACUUAGUGUGAAGGAAUCACCCAAAAUUCAAAGUAUUGUGAUGUGCAACAUGGGGUUCUCAGGGGGAUGCUUGCAUGCAUGAAAGAGGAAAAAACAAACGCCAAAACAGGAAAAUUAAACAAGUAGAUGGCAAAAGGUGCCACGUUAACACUUAAAAGCGAUGAAUUUGUCAGCAAGUAGGAGUUAGAAAUGUUGCCAAGAUCCAUCUGUACAUCUUGUUUUUUAUUCUCACUGUCACUGGCCGGCAGACAGACAGAGCUUAAAGUAACUGAGUGUAUUUGUGUGUCUGUGUGUGGCGUCAGGAGUCAAUGCAGGGCAGCUCUGAUGAGACAGCGAACAGCGUGGAGGAGGGCAGCAGCGGGCCGGGCAGUAGCAGCGGCCGCAGUGAAGCUUCCAGCAAUGUGGCCACCUCCAGCAGAGCCAGCCAAUCAGCAGGCAGUCCUGGGAGCGAGCUGCACUCCGAUGACAUGGCGGACAGCGAAGCCUUAAAGGAGGAGGAGGAGGAUGAUGAAGAGGACGACGAUGAGGAAGAUGAUGAUGAGGAUGAAGAGGAUGAAGAUGAGGGGAGUCGGUCGGCGACAGAAGGGGGGCAGCAGAAGGAGCACAGGGAGCAGACUGAGUCCAGGAAGAGGAAAGCAGGGGAGGCACUUGGGGAGGGGCCAAGCCAGGGGGCGGGACCAAGUGGUUCAGUGGGUGGAGCCAAGUCUAAAGGUCUCCCCUUUAAUCCAGACCCUUCUGCUGUCAUGGCAGCAUCGUCGUCUUUAGAGGGACGAAUGAGGAUUUUGGACCCUUGUUCUGUGUCAUCGUCCGCCCGUCCUGAGGGGGCGGAGCCUCAGCAGCAGCCUUCUGACAUCGGGCCCUCUCAGAUAGUCCAGGGGCCGCAGGAGCCAACAUGUCUGCCACGGCCUGGGGACUUCCUAGGAGAGGCCAUGGGCAGUGAGCUCUUCAACUGCCGGCACUUCAUUGGCCCUCAGCACCACCAUCAUCAUCAUCACCACCAUCAUCCUGAAGGGUAAAGAGCACCACACUGCUAAACUAGCUCUAGAUAUUUUUAUUUAGAUUUUUACUCGCCCCGACUUCUUGCUGAAAUUUCAAGAGUGCAUGAGGAGGAUUUAACCCUGUCUCUUCUCUCUCUGUCCUCUGCUCCACAGUCCCAUGGUGGAGGACAUGCUAAGUGCCGAUGACGUGAGCUGCAGCAGCUCGCAGGUCAGUGCCAAGUCAGAGAAGAACAUGGCUGACUUUGACGGGGAAGAGUCGGGCUGCGAGGAGGAGCUUGUCCAGAUCAACUCGCAUGCUGAGCUCAGCUCUCAUCUCCAGCAGCAUCUCCCCAACCUGGCCUCCAUCUACCACGAGCACCUGGUGCAAGGUGUGCCCCAGUCUUUCAGAUACUCUGAUUUUUUUAACUUCAUUUAGGUCAUUUGAAGUAUAGUCUGCCAGUGAACCAGAAAGUUAAGUUUGCAUGCUUUCUGUGUCCCUGCAGGUCCAGCAGUCCAUAAACACCAGUACUCCAGCAGCCACGCUGUGACUGACAUCAACCUGGACAACGUCUGUAAGAAGGGAAACACGCUGCUGUGGGACCUUGUCCAGGACGAGGACGCGGUAUGACUCCAAACCCAGAUCUCUGACUUUCUGAUAUCGAUGUUUACUUUGGUUUAAAUUUUCCCUUUUAUACAAUAUAUGUAGCAGUAUGAAAAACAGCAGUAAUACCAGAUGAAUGCAGUGUACCUUAAAUCAAUAGAUACAAUAUUUUCAAUAACACAUAUAUACCAUGAAUAAUUUGGAUCUUUCAGUCUAUAUUUUAACUUAUGGCUACAAAUGGCCCUGCACAAAUCCUUUCAUAUUCACAGAUUUGGAUUAUAAAGGAGUUAACUAGUCAUCCACAUUCACGUAAAUCUGCAUAAACCAUAAAUUUAAUGGUUUUUUGGCGGGCAGUUAGUAUCAUAAAUUCUCAUAUAUGCUGAAUAUUUAAAAGAACCCAUCACACACUCUGUGCACAUUGUGUUUUCAUGUGUCAGCCCAACCCCAUGAGGCUUUGACAUGCAGACAGCAGAGGAGCAGCAGGCAGAAAUGGUAGGAAUCAAGUGCAGUAACAGAUACAGCUUUUUUUCUGUGGAGGUGAAAACAUUUAGCUGCCAUGUAGUGCGUAUCUGUCUGAAAACUACCGGUGGGUGUUAAUUUAGGACUCUGCUGCCUGCACAGCAGCAAGUUUCUUCAUGUGUUUCAGUUAGGGGCUGCUGUAAAGUGAUGUGGAUUAUUCUUUUACAGUGAGAAAAUGGUGACAACAUGCCUGUUGCUUAAAUUGCUUUGUGAUGGUCAAAUGUUAACUCUAAAAUCAAAGGUUCAGGGGAUCUAUGCACAACUAUUCAAUGAUAAAAUCAUAAAAUGUUGGCAAUGUGAUCUGUUUGCACAUAACAUGAGUGUUAACAGGCUCAGGGUCUGCCAGAACUAACCAGAGUCAUCUGUGAUCUAAGUUUGUUUUUUGUCUGUGUUUUUUCAUCAGAUUCAUCUCUCUGAGGGUCUGAUUAAUGAAGCAGAGAAGCUGCUGUGUUCGCUUGUCUGUUGGUUCACCGACCGACAGAUACGAAUGCGUUUUAUUGAGGGAUGCCUGGACAACUUAGCUCAUCACAGGUGAGAGUGACCAAGACCAGGCAAAUUAGGUUGUACUGGAUUUAUACUUGGAUAAGUAAGUUUUCAGGAGACGCUCGGAGUGGAAAUCUGAAAACUGAGGGGACUGUUACCUGGAAAUUAGCCAGUCUUAGAGGGAGAGGUUUUUCUGGCUGCAGAGCUCCCUCACUCCCGGUGGAAAAGUGAAACUAUUACUUAAAGAACUGUUUGAUUCAUUCUUCCUCUCUUUCUAAUUGUCAUCUUUUCUUCCUCCUCCAGGUCUGUUGUGGUUUCCCUACGUCUACUACCUAAGCUAUUUGGCACUUUCCAGCAGUUUGGCUCCAGCUAUGACACUCACUGGAUCACCAUGUAAGUAACACUUAGCAGCAGGAGGAACAUUAAAAGAAACUUGAGACACGUCUUGAACAGCUUCUGCAUUUGUAUUGGUGUACACUUGCGGCCUCUUCAGUCCAUUUUUUUCUAUAAUAACUCUUUAAUGGUGGGGUAGGCAGAAGCAUCUUUUUUGUGGUGUUUAUACAAAAAAGCUUUUAAUAUCAGUCAAUAGCUAUUAGUUAUUGAUGACAUUUGGUAAUAUAACGAUAUCACUGUGUUCUGUUAUGUCUGUGUAGUCAACAUUUUAACAUUUUUUAAUGGUUAGCUUAUUCUGACUGUAAACAAAGCCAUUCUCCACCUCCCCGACCUGAUUGGUUGUGAGGCAGACGCUGCUCCUUUGUGUUGUGAGGGACGCUCCAUGUCCUCGCAUAAUGUGCACGACCCGCCAAAAAAGUUAGCGUGCUACAUUAUCAGACUGUAGAAACCAACCAGAAAGUACGGAAAAUUGUCUGAAUCCUCCUUUGGCCACGACUGCCAACACAAGCAAUAAAACCAAGUAGAUACCGGAGACUCUGGCGGUUAAAAAGGAGGUAGACCGGACAAGAGCUAAAAACUCUGGUCAACUUAAAUGAAGCAUAAAAGAAGGGGGGCACUUUGGGAUCUUACAGACCCUGUAACCUUUCUGCUGGACAGGUAAACCACUUUAACAAAGUAAGCCAAGUGUCUGUAACAGAAGUGUUUCUUGUCAAAGGAGACCUGCUGCGUGUUGUAGCGCUGCUGAACUGUUUACCUCGGGUCCUGGAGUAUGUCACUUUAUCCUAGUUGUAGAAGUCCUGCAAACAUUGUGUUUGCUGGUAGUCUGUUGUUCUCUCCAGUAGCACCAAUGCUUUUUACUGUCACGUUGACUGGACCCCAUUUGUAAAUAUCUGAAGUAUUUAUCUGCAUUAUAUCUGAAUUGAAUUGAAAUAAUAGGAGCUGAGGGGAAAACUGGUUGGGAGGGGUAGAGUUUACAUUCAAGAUUUCUCCCAAAUAGUGGCACUUCCUCAGAUCCUGCCAACCCCACCUUUAAGACGUGAAACUGCUCAAAAAAGUUAAAAAAAAUUUUUUUUAAAAAGUCUCUUUGUUAUUUCCGUCAGGUGGGCGGAGAAGGAGCUGCACAUGAUGAAGCUGUUCUUCGACAACCUGCAGCACUACAUCCAGGAAGUCCGUGAGCACAUGCACAAGUUUGCACUGUAAGUCUGUCAGCUCUCUAUUACUCUGUAGGACACCAGUGGAGCUCAUCAUAAAGCGCCUUACAGAGUAACAUAUUGGGACUAAAUAGGUUGUUUUAAAGUGAACUAAGAGGUAGUUAAAUUUGAUUGAAGUACACACUCUGAGAAUAUCCAGGUGCUGUUGAUGUGAUGCAGUACAUCAUAGUUUAAACUGAGCAUGGUGCUGGUUCAGACAAGACAUGAAAUCAAGUUCAGCCCACAGUUCAUGAGCUGGUCCCAUAUUUGUAUGACUAUUUACCAUAUUUAUGAACUAAAACUUCAAACUUCCAAACCUCAUCAGAAGGCCUUAAACUACUGGUUAAGUUUCUUUUUUCUUUUACAAACAUAGAUCAUUUCGCUAGUUCAGGCAGGGCACAAAGUCAAGCUCUUCCAUCAGUGAAUCAGCUGAUCUCAGCACCAACCCUUAUACGCUGACAGCUUGGCUGAUGACCACACUGACAACUUUUUCAAUGAAAUAGUCUCUCCAAAAGUAUCAAAAGACUCAUUUUGUUUGUUUUUGCUCUGCAGGUACAGUCACAGCGCUGAGGUCCAGGUCCGUCUGCAGUUCCUCACCUGUGUCUUCUCUACGCUGGGAUCACCCGACCACUUCAGUAAGAUCCUGAUUGCCUGAUUCUGAACAAAAAGGAAAUUUUCAUUGUUAAGGAUUCUUAAAGUUCACGGACAAUGAACAAUAGAGUUUAAAUUUUAGCUUUAACUCUAAACUUUAAAGUUGUAGCAGUAGUAUCCCUCCAACUUUUAGCAAUCAUGCUUUGCAAAGAUAUUAGUAAUGCAUGUAAACGUUCUUGCCUAUUCCUCUGCCAUGUCAAGUCAGAAAAAUUACUCAAUUUUUUUCUUGAUGCUCAACUCAUGUUCAGAAACUUAAACAAGUGCGGUUUAAAUAGGGAACUUUGGACUGGAGAAUUCAAAAGUUUCCUCUCAGAAUAGCUAAAGAAGAUUUUGAGCACCAACAGCACCUCGAUGUGAACUUGGAUUAACUGCUCCAAAUGCGCAGGAAAUGGUCUGCAGCUGUUUUAUUUGGCAUUUUCAUCCCUGUUGAAACAUUUUUAACAGUCUGAGAAUGAUCUCUGAAUAAGUGUGAGGUUUCCUCUGAGUCUGAAGGAAAUGGCGCUAAAAUAGACCUCAUUAUGCAACCUGAGCAGACCCUCUAAGAACAAUGCCGCUGCUGUCUGAGGAACGUAAUGCCGGAGAGGAGGAAAUACAGCCUGCUUUUCUGAUAGUAUUUUACCAGAUUGAGUCCACUUUGAUCACUAAGAGCAAUUAUUUAGAUUUAAACCAAAGACAACCUGUGCUGAGCCAAGUAUUGUAAGGCUGCGAGUCAUAAAGCAUUUGCUGCAAGAGGCAAAAAUAAAUGAACCAUCUGCUGCUGUGGCCUACAGCGUCUGCACGGGACACACGCUUUAAUCACUAGACCAAACGUGCACCACGUCUUCUGCAUCAUUUGAUUGAUCUUCCUCUGCAGCCUGUGCACAGAUAUGAGUUAUACCUAAUUCCUCCAUUUUUUUAAAGGUUUUAUUCCCACAGACUACAAAAGGGUAGUCUUUCAGAUCCUUUGCAUAACUCGCCAGCUCACUUCUCUUUCAGCUAUUAAGUUGUUCAAUGUGACAAAGGACAGUAUACAUGAUUGUAUUGUCCAUAUGUGAGGUUCCCCCCCACAACAAGUCUUUAGAACCAUCAAGCCAUGGGGUCUUUGCUGACUCUAGUCAGAAGGAGCAUGAUCUUGUAGACCUGUGAGCCCACUUCAAGCACAAUAUCAUCGUUUCUUUCGCUGAGACUUUUUUUCUCUUUUAUCCUCUUUUUCAUGCAUCGUUCUCUUUUGCCCCACUUUUCUUCUCCUUUUCUUCUAUUCUCUUUCUUCUUCUGUGAAGUCUGUGCAUCUUCUUCCACAUCAUCAUGGGCAUCUUGCACAAGUUUGCAUCUUUUCUUCAGUAUCAUCUUCUUCUUUUCUACUUCCUCUGCAUGUUUUCCAUCCUGGUUGUCGUGCCUUAUCUAAGGGUGAUAAGGACACAGUAUCAAGAUGUGUGUCUGCAAAGUCGACAUCUUUUUUCCUCUCUUUCAGCGACGUUCUUUUGAGCUUAUUCAUUUGUGGUCUUUUGCAUCAUCUUCCCUCUUUCUCUGCUCUGUUGUCCUUAUCUGCAUCAUCCUGCGCACCUUCUUGCACAUCUCUUUUUCUCCUUGCUACUCUCUGCAUCUCCUUCUUCUGCUUCUUUUGCAUCGUUUUCUGCAUCAUCAGUAGUUUUUUUUCAUCCUUUUCAUCUUCAUCAAGUGUUUUUCCUCUGCAACAUUUUCAGCUGCUCCUUUUCACAUCUUUAUUUUCUUCUCUUGAUCUUGUCUUUUUUCUUUUAUUCCUUAUUCCCCCUUUUUCUUCUCACCAAUUUUCUUUUCUUCCUCUCACGCCUUUUCUGCAUCUUGCACUCCUUUUUCUUACCAUUGUUACACUACUACUCUUCCUCUAUCACCGUCUUCUUCUCUUCUCCUCUUCUUUCCUCUUCUUUCCCUUUUGAUUUAAAUCUCCCUUUAGAGUCAGCCAGGUCGUUUGAUUUUUCAUUCUUUCAUCUCUUUUAAUGUAUCAGAUUUCUCUACAAACCCACACUCACUUGGUCUUUUGAUGAUUUCUGAUUUAGUCUGGAUCCAUUAUAGAAACAGAAACAGCACUAAGCAGAUUAAAGGAGGAGGAAUGAAGGAAAUAAAACUUCACACCUCAGUUUCACACCCGUCUGUGUUUUAAAAGUGCAGAUGGAGAGAAAUCUGUCCACAUUUGUUCGUCUGCCUGUGUGUAACAGUAGGAGUUUGUUUGUGUGUUUCAGGGCUGAGUCUGGAGCAGGUGGACAUCCUGUGGCACUGCCUGGUGGAGGACUCGGAGUGCUACGACAACGCUCUACACUGGUUCCUCAAUCAGGUCCGCAGCAAGGACCAGCAUGCUAUGGGCAUGGAGACCUACAAACACCUGUUUCUGGAGAAGGUAGAGAAGCACAAACGCACACAACAACAAAAUACAAGACUCGGACUGUUAGAAAACUGCUCAGGAAGUCUGGGGGGACUAGUUUUAGUUUCAGGGCUUUCUCUGCUCCUGGUCAGCCAGCUUCAUAACAGCACACUGAACUUUGUGUGUGUGUGUGUCACUUUAGAUGCCCCAGCUGAAGCCAGAGACGAUCAGCAUGACGGGUUUGAACCUCUUCCAGCACCUGUGUAACCUGGCCCGCCUCGCUACCAGCGCUCUGGACAACGCCUCCAGCUGUGAGGUAAAUAAACUCCUUUAACUGCUGCAACAAACUCCCACUCGAACAACAGUUAUUUACAAAGGUGUGCAAGCUUACUGUGAAAGCAAGAGACCUUCAGUAACUGGAAUAUGGCAUGUAGAUAGACAGAUGGAAUAACACGCUGACAUUUUCAAACGAGGCAGAUUUGCUUAACACAAGGACACAAACAGGCAGAGGGUUUUGUCAGUGAUGCUCUUAGUAAGGGUUUGGUGUCUGUUACUAGAGCAGCUAUCCGUUAAAGCAGUAUGGAUAGUUUCCUCACAAAUGUGUGUGCGUUUGUGUGUGUGUGUGUGUGCACAGCUGUGUGGGAUGGACCAGCUGUGGGGCAUCGCUCUGAGAGCUCAGUCUGCUGACAUCAGCCGAGCCGCCAUCCAGUACAUCAACUCUUACUACAUCAAUGGUGAGCUUGACAUCAGAGAAAACACAAAUGCUUUAAUGUCUUUAACGGUUUUUCACACUGACUUUGUACAAACUUAAAAAGCUCUUUCGAUUUUUCUCAUGUUUUCUCAUAUUCUGCAUAUCUCAUUGGUCAUGUUUUUUUUUUUUGUUUGUUUGUUUUUUUCUUAUAAUAAAAAUAUCCGCCUGUUAAUAAUCAAACAAGAAAAAAAACAUUGAUGUGCAUUGCUGCUCACAGAAACUGGCCCACUAGUUUUCCUGUACUUGUAAACUUUGCACAAACAUUGUCACAUAUAGAAGCAUUUUAAGUUUGUUUCUGUGUCUAAAAUAUUUUAAUAAUGCAUAUAUACUUUUAGUAAUCCACAUGUGUAUUGUGCACUAUUUGUUAUCGCACUUCAAAUUUUUGCCUCAUUAAAACUACACAUUAUGUUUUCAAAUGCAUCUGCGCACAUGGAUUUUAUUCACGCUUAUUUUAUGCGCAUGUGAAUUUAAUCAUUCAGUGUCAAACAUAGAAAAUAACACAAAAUAAUGAUGCAAUAAAAAUUCUGGACAGCCAUAGCUACACAAGAAAACUUUUGAUGUUUUCCUAAUGAAACUGUUGGUUUUUUUUUUCUUUAAAUUUUUGAACGUAUAAAAUUUGCAGUUCAAUUUUUGCAAAUUAGAAAAUUACAUUAUUUACAUGAAAAAUGUACUCGUAAUUCUUUGCACAUGGAUUUUUUUUCAUUACGGUAUUGCACAUGAAAGCUUUGCGGGUUUAUAGCUGCAUGCAGAAGUUUAAUCAAACAUUAUUUUACAUGAAAACAUGAUGUAUUUACACUCACAUUGAAUUUCUGCACAUUUUGAUUGUGGUAAUAGUGUGCACAAAAAUUAGCACCUUUUUUUAAUAUUUGGAAAAUGACCAUUUUUUUUCCAUCUUUGAAUUCUGAACUGAUUUCGAACUUAAUGUUUUUUCUCUUUUGCGUCUCCAGCUGGUAAGACAGGUCUGGAAAAGGAGCAGGAGUUCAUCAGGAAGUGUAUGGAGAGUCUACUCAUGGCUUCAGCUAACCUAGAGAAAGAGCCUCACUCCAGCCUGACCAGCAUCGAGAGGGGACUGCUCAUGCUCAAAACACACUUGGAGGCGUUUCGACGCAGGUAAACACCACCCAGAAAUAUUUGGAAAAAGGUUCCUGUAUUGAGAAUCUCUAAAAACAUCACAGUAAAACUUUGAUGUCUGUCCCAUUCGUCUCUGUCAGGUUUGCAUAUCAUCUGCGUCAGUGGCAGAUCGAGGGAACUGGGAUCAGCAGCCACCUGAAGGCUCUGAGUGACAAACAGUCUCUGCCGCUCAGGAUCGUCUGCCAGCCCGCUGGACUACCUGACAAGGUGACACGUUGACAUUUGACACAGCAGACCCCAGACUCUGCAGAGGAGGAGUUUAAUCUGACAAGAAGCUCUUGGUCUGAAAAACUACAGAGAAUUUUUGUGCAUAGAAACCGGUGGCACCUCAGAGACACCCCUUCAUGUUGAAAUCAUUCUGAUUUGUUGUGAAAGGACUGAUAAAGAUCUGGAGCUAAAGUUUAAAUGUUCAUGAAUAUUGAUGCUGUUUUUCAGUAAAUUCUGCCUAACAGUAAACCAUGUGUGUGUUCGCAGAUGACGAUAGAGAUGUAUCCUAGUGACCAGGUGGCAGACCUGCGCGCUGAGGUGACGCACUGGUACGAGAACCUGCAGAAGGAGCAGAUGAACCAGCAGGCUCAGCUGCAAGAGUUUGGACAGAGCGGCCGGCAGACGGCUGACUUCCCAGGUCAGAGGGUCACUUCCACGCUCUCUCUUCCUGAUGUCUCACAGGACUUUGUGGACUCGUGGGUGACGCCUUGUCUUGUCAUGUCUCCUGCAGGUGGACUGAUGGGACCGGUCAGGAUGAUCUCUUCUGGCCACGAGCUGACAACAGACUAUGACGAGAAGACUCUGCAUGAGCUGGGCUUUAAAGACAUGCAGGUGAUUAUCUGUCUACGUCCAAAAUGAGUGAUUGAGGAGUGACGUACAAGCUGGCUUCAGACGUGUAUCCUGAUUGAAGCAAUGAUCACUGUGCAAUGUGUAUGUCCAGUGUGGAUACUGCAGUCAGUUUGUUAACAAUAUAUCAGGAUCCCUAUAGUUUGACACCAUGUUCCUAUGGGUCUAUGCACAAAUCAAAUAUAAAGUGGAUAAACUCAAGAUUAAAAGCUACUUGGACACAUGAGCACACUCAAACACUUUCACGCUCCGUUCCCCUGAGUGCAAUUGCCUGGAACUUUAUUUAUGUUUAAUGCAGAGGCCUGACCCCGUGUUCAAAGUCUGCAUUACACUGACGGAAAAAGUCAUUUUUCGUAUCGUUGAAAGAUCAAAUAAAACAUUUUAGCUCCGAUAAGGGAUAUAAUGAUGUUGUCUGUUUCACAGCAAAUAUCCAGGCAGAAAGUGCAGUUUUGUUUUAGCUGCGGUGGAUCAAAGUGGAGGGAAACGGGAACUACAGAGACUAUUUUUCCACACCCACCCAUCACUCUGUGCAGCCUGCUAACUAAAUGAAAUCCAGUACAGCAAAAACAGUCAAGAGCACCUGUCUGGAGACACAGCGGAGCUCCAUAAGCGUGUUUGCAGUUGGAAGUUGAAUCUUAGCAGUUGUGAAAUAAAUAACUUUAUUUUUCGUGAAAUUUAACAGCUGAAAAGUAAUCAAACUUUCAGAGUUGGAUAUUUUAACACACAAGGUGAAGAAUCAAUUCAGAUAUGUGACCCACGUAACCCCACACAUGCUCAGUUGGACCCCAUUGUUGCAUGUUCGAUCUGAAGUUUAGCUCUGUUUUCAGUCUCAGCCAUUGUCAAACAAUCUCACCAGCAUGAAAUUUGUUCCCUUCAUUCUAUUUUCUUUCAUUUUGAUAGCAAAUAUUGUCUUCAUUUUUAAAAAUAGAUUGCAAAGUUUAGAAACAGUUUUGAACCGAGAACUUGUGAUUUCAGACCUUAGAAGAUGGUUAAUAUCAAGUGUCUUUGAUCAAUCUUUGAAAGUUCAGAAGUUCUUUGAAGGUAAAAGGAUGUUAAAUGUUGCUGCAGUUGACCUGCACACUUCCUGAAUCAGGCACAGAUUAUGAGGAGUAUCUUAUAUUUGGGAACUCUACAGAUCGUAAACCAUUAAAGAUGAUAGAAAUGAUGUUUUUAAUCUGCUUUUGAUCAACAAACCAAAAAUGAGUAACUUUAAAAAUGCAUUCUGCAGAAAUCAUGAAUUAUUUAUCACUAAAACUUUGCAGUUUUAACAGUGAACUAAAAAAGUCUGUUUGUAAAGUUUGAGAAAACGAGUAAAAGAACAACUUUCUUUGGUGAGAUCAUUAAAUUCCUUUUUAGAGCUUUGAUCCAAACCAAGUCAGACUUUCAACUGCGCAUGCGUGGACAGAGGUCUGCUGUGUCUGCAGCCAGGUCCUCCUCAGAAAACUGGUGUUGGUGAAGCAGCAGAACAGAAGAUACGAGCAGAGUGAGUGAGGAUGCUCCAUUAGUACAGCUUUUAAAUGUUAGGUGUGGAAGCGUGUCACUCUCUAAGUUGAGAAAUGAUGAAGAAGAAAAGGUGACACAUGAACAAAAGAAAAUUCACAAACUGAGUUCAGGUGGUGCUGUUCUGCAGUCAGACCAGGCCGUAGACUCAGGCAGAAGUCACAGAUUCAAGCUGCCUCUUCUUCCAACUUCAAUCACACUGCUGAGGAAACAUGCAGCCAAACCAGAGCCCUGAUAGUCCACAGAAUGAAGCCUUUAGCUGUGAGUCUUUGAUCCUGUUUUUAGGUUUUUCAUUCGUGAGCAUAUUUAUGAAACUUUGAGAACUUUGAAAACUUUCAGUUCAAGUGUCAUUUGAGAUGUCAGAAACAGAUCUGGAUCAAUUUUCUCUUUGAUCCCAGAUGGUGUUUGUGUCUCUGGGAGCUCCUCGGAGGGAGAGGAAGGGGGAGGGUAUCCAGCUACCAGCCUCCUGUCUGCCUCCCCCUCAAAAGGAGCACAUCCCCAUGCUGCUGCUCCUCCAGGAGCCUCACCUCACUACAUUGUUUGACCUUCUGGAAAUGCUGGCCUGCUUCAAACCUCCCAGCCCCAACACUGAGAAGGUCCACGAGAACCCAGAGGUGAGUGAGACUGAUGGAGAAAACUGGGACAUUCAAAACCACGUCUGGAAAACUCUGCUGAGCUUUUCCUCAGAUUUUCUUCUUCAAAUAUUUUGAAAUACAGAGAGGUUAAAGAAGAAGAAAAUCUGAUGCUAAAUAAACACGAGAAUAAAAAGUGAUGAUUCAGUAUUUUAGGAUUGAAGUAUGACCCUGGAAUUACUCUCGUAUUUUGACUGAUUGAAGUGAUCAUUUCUUUUUAUUCAUUUAACAAACAGGAUCAGUAAACUUAAGUUCUCUCCUGUGAAGAAGUCUCUGAUCACAGAAGUUAAAUUUCACAGACUUCUUUAGGUAACAUGACAAAGCAAUGAGAUUAAAGUCAGAAUGGUCAGGAGUUUGACUUUUAUUUUCCUGGUUUUUAAUUAGUUUCUUCCAUAAAGUAAUAAAUGUCACAAUGCUAAAGUCAAACACCCUUUCACAUGUGGCUUAAGUCUAUUUCUUCUCAGAACAGGGACCAAAAAGUCAUUAGAAGCUUCGAUUUGACUUUAAACAAAUACUUUCUGUGUGUUUUUCUCCAGACUGCACGGUGUGAGGAGCUUCACCUCCAUGCAGAGAAUCUGUCUCGGCGGGUUUGGGAGCUGCUGAUGCUGCUGCCUACGUGUCCCAAGAUGCUACAGGCCUUUCAGAACAUCUCCGAUGACACGGUAAGAUCCUGUUAUCGAGAAAUCUCCUCCAGUUAUUGAGAAAAACAUCUCCCAGAAUCAAAACCCAGUAAAAGUUCACUUCAAGUUUUUAAAACUGCUGCACAGUGAGAGAAAAAGCUAGAAAUAAAAACACUUACAGUUUAUUGAAGCCAUACAACCAAAACAAAUGAAGGUUGGAGAAAAACUCUAUCAAGAAUAAGACAAAAUCACAGUGAAACCAAAGAGUCCACGCAGCUAAGCUUAUGAGACAAGGUCUAAAGGUCAGAAACUUGUUCUAUCCGUGUGGGAGAUUUAACUUUCUCUACAGUUCGGGGGGCCGCUGCAGAGAGCAUCGUUCGAGCUUAAUAUCUGCAGCAGAAUUCAACAAACUUUAAAAACUUUCCACUGCAGGAUUCUUCUGACUUUAUAUGUAAAAAGAGUGUUUUAGUUCACAAAUAUAGAGAGAGAAGAAACAAAGAGAAUAUUUGAGGACGUGUGUUUUUGUGUGUGUGGGUUUGCAGAACGGGGAGGGUCUGUGCUGGAAGGAGCUGCUGAGGAUCAAAAGUGCACACAAGCUGCUGUACGCUCUGGAGAUAAUCGAGGCUCUGGGAAAACCCAACCGACGGAUCCACAGAGAGUCCACCGUAAGAAAAAGAAACACUCAUACUGUACUCUUAUAAAAGUGAAAUCCACCAUGUUAACUGCUCAUACCAAAGACUUUCAGGGAGCUGACGCUGGAUCUUCUGAUAUUAAGAGGCAUUAUGAUCAGUGUUUGUCUCCUAGAGAUACAAACAGGUGCCUGACCAGGAUGUAUGAACGCUCUCUGUCUUUUCUUGGAUUAAUCUGUUGGGUUUUUGUGUUUCCAGGGCAGCUACAGUGAUCUGUAUCCAGACUCUGAUGACUCCAGUGAGGAUCAGAUAGAAAACAGCAAAAACACCUGGAGCUGCAAGGUACAUCGCAGAAACAUCACAUUUUCUGUGACCAAAAAAUGGGUUAGAUUAAGAAUGCAAAUUUGAGAUUGACAAGGGCAGCAGUCCAGAAAAAGCACAUGAAACAGUUUUUUGUGCACUUUGGUUGGUUUUAAAAACAUGAAACGCAAAAAUAGAUUCCAAAGAGUUGAAGUUAGAUUCAGUCUUUUUCUUUCUUUCCUCCAGUUUGUGUCAUCUGGAGGUCUGCAGCUGCUUCUGGAGAUCUUUAAUUCAGGCAUCCUGGAACCUAAAGACCAGGAGUCCUGGACUGUGGUGAGAUGGAUUGUUUUCUUUUUGAGGGUAUCUUCAAGGGGGAACGUUUCCGCUGCAGGUUAAAAGAUGAAAACUUUGAUUUGAUAAUGUGGCUGUGACUGAGAUGAGACGUUAUUUUUGUCUGAUUUGGUGUGAUUUCUAACUCAGUUCUCCAUCCGUCUCCUCUGCAGUGGCUGCUGGACUGCCUGGCCUGCCUGCUGAAGUUGAUCUGUCAGUUUGCAGUAGACCCUGCAGACCUGGAUCUUGCCUACCAUGACGUCUUCUCCUGGUCUGGACUUGCUGACAGCCAGAGAAAGAGGGCGUGGCCGGGCAAAUCCCGCAAGUCCACUGGGGAGCACGGGAAAGGCCUGCACAUCCCGCGGCUCACUGAGGUAAAGGUUGUCCGAGCAGCAGACGUCGUUCUUGUCAGUUUGUGUUCGACUAUUAGCUGAUCCGUGUGUUGGUUUGCAGGUCUUUCUCAGCCUCGUUCAGGGGACCAACCUCAUCCAGCGUCUCAUCAACGUGGCCUACACCUACGACAACCUCGCACACAGGUAACAGGAUUAAAAAAUGAAACACUUACUACAUUUUAAAGCAGAGUUCACCAGGUACAGCUCAGCCUCUGUCUGUUUCUGUGUCCCCCAGAGUCCUGAAGGCUCAGUCAGACCACAGGUCUCGUCAUGAAGGUGAGAUUCACAGGACUUGUUUAUUUUUCUAGAUGAUUGAUGAUCUCUCACCUCAGAAUUUCAGCCAGGUCCUCUGACAAUAACAGACUGAAUAACAGAACCAAGAAACAGACCCUUAUGUUUGUUUAUUCCCUCUUAAAGUGACCCACUACUCCAUGUGGCUGCUGGUGAGCUGGGCUCACUGCUCCUCCACAGUGAAGUCCAGCCUGGCUGACAGCGACCACCUCCACGACUGGCUGAAGAAACUCACUCUGCUGGUGCCUGAGGUGAGCUGGAAGAAAAAUCAAGACUCAUCUGGACUCAUGGAACAAAAGCAGCAUUUUUUUUUUGUAUUGAUUGUUUUUAUUCUUUCCACUCAAGCCUGCUGUGAGACACGAGGCGUGUAACGGCCUGUACAAACUCUCUCUCUCGGGUCUGGAGGGAGGUGAGUCCAUCAACAGGUCCUUCCUGCUGCUCGCCGCGUCCACGCUCCUCAAGUUCCUGCCAGACGCUCAGGCUCUUAAACCGCUGAGGGUGAGUCUUUCACACUAACAGACCGGGAGCUGGUCGGCAGGUUACACUCUUACAGUACAUACAGGAUUUACAUUUGAAUAAGAUUCCAGGUUCAAGUUCAGACUGUAUGAGUCGUCUUACAGAGUCUCAGUGACUUCAGUCUGUAAAGAUCCUGCUGGGAGCAUCGUGCUGUUUUUGUAUCUAAAUGUAACCGUGAGCUUCUUCUUUCAGGUGGAGGAUUACGAAGAGGAGCCUCUGCUGAGGACAGGCUGUAAGGAAUACUUCUGGCUGCUCUGCAAACUCAUCGACAACAUCCACGUUAAAGACGCCAGUCAGGUGAGAACUUCAGAGCCCAGCACUGAUGAUCACAUUGAUCUGUACUUAAUAAUAAUUGACCAGUCUGAAGUGUUUCUGUGAUGUUUCAUUGAACUGUUGCUAGUAUUGGUCUGUUUGAACUCACUAAAGGUCUCUCCUUCUCUGUCGCUGGCUGGCUCCAUGCAGACCACCCUGCUGGACCUGGACGCUCUUGCUCGACACCUUGCAGACUGCAUCAGGAGGUCAGACUCUGUCGUACUGCUGCUUUACUCUGCCUUUGAUCGAGUAGAAAAUGCAGAAUAUUUAGAUGUUUGAAAAGAGAGAGCCUUGCACUUUGAAAGUUCAUAAGAAUCAGCAGCAAAUAAACAACUACAAAUAAUCAUAGCGCAAGUUUCGUGGAAUAUUGUGAGGGUACAUCAUCAGCUGUGAGGUACAUUUAAUUAACUGGCAACUUUUUCAAACCUCUAAGGCUUGUGAUCCAGUUUAAAUGAAAUGAAAUGAUUCAUUUUGGAUUUAUUCUUGAAACACUGGUCCAUCCUGACCUCUGUGUUCCUCCGUCUGCAGCCGUGAGAUCCUGGACCAGCAGGAUGGGAUGAUCGAGGAUGACGGGCUGACCGGCCUCCUGCGCCUCGCCACUAGCGUCCUCAAACACAAACCACCCUUCAAGUUCUCACGUGAGGGCCAGGAGUUUCUGCGGGACGUCCACAACCUACUUUUCCUCCUGCCCAGCCUGGCCGACCGCGCUCAGCCCAAAUGUAAGUCUCACGCUGCACGAGCUGCCACCUACGACCUGCUGGUGGAGACAGUGAAGGGCUCCGUGGAGAACUACCGACUGCUGCACAACUGGGUCAUGUCGCAGCACAUGCAGGGUGAGAUUUUCUUGUGCUAUUCUUGCAAAAAACAUCUAAUCAGAGUUGAUGAAUUACCUGUAAACUUUCAGAACUGGGUCAUGCCGACUUUCAGGCAUUAGAAAUGUCAAUGUAAGAGUAUUAAAGCUCAUCACUGAUGGUCUGGUUUGUUCUUGAUGUAAUAAAAAGGCAUCACUUUCAAUUUCGCUCUACGUCAUAAAUGUCAGAAAGCUGGUCAUUAUCAGGUCAAGUCAGAUUUUUUCCUUUUUUUGGGUUGUGAUUAAUCAAUGGAAAAAAAGCAGCAAUAACAAGAAACCCAAGUCAAAUAUAAGAAAUGCUUAAAAAUGAAUGAAAAACGUCACCAUGUUUGCGCAUCAUUCCUGUGAAAGUUGUCUGCAAGCUACACUCUGUGUCAGAAGUCCUCUGGGACGAUGAUCUGGCUCAAUUUAAGCCUUGCUAUAACAACCCCGGUGUGUUUCUGUCGGACAUUGUCCCUGAAGUGAGGCUAAUGCCAGACACACGGGGACAGACUGAUAGUAAAUGUGCUUUAAAGCUGAAAUACUGAGGCAAAAACUGCUGCAAAGCUCCGAACAUGAAGGUACAGGAAUGCCUUAACAGAGAAUAAGUCCAGAGAAUAAGGAGACAAAAGUUUAACUAUGAAGAAAAUUCAAAAGUCCAUAAUAGACGAUGACAUAUAAAGUUAUAAAGAACGACCAUAAACACUUUGAUUCAUUGCACCUUUUUUAAAUCUCUGUUAUUCUAUGAACUUAUUUAAAGCUCCUGAGUGGAAUAAAGGGUUUUGUCUGUCUGGAUUUUAAGAUCAACCGUGACUUUAAUUCAGGAUUAAACAUCAAAACAAAAAUUCCUCUGAGGUGAAUGUGUCACCAGGUACAGGUGAGAAGCUCUUUGAACUUCAUUAGAAAUGAAGAUGUAACUUUUCCCUCUUUCAGCCUCUCAUGCUGCGUAUAAGUGGGACUACUGGCCCCACGAUGAUGUCCGGGCCGAAUGUCGCUUUGUGGGUCUGACUAACCUGGGAGCCACCUGUUACCUGGCCUCUACCAUCCAGCAGCUCUACAUGAUCCCUGAGGCCCGCCAGGCCGUCUUCACUGCCAAGGUCAGAGACAGAAAAAAACCGAAACAAACCAACAUUUAAAAAAAGCACCUCAUCUAAUCCGUCUGUGUUUUUUUUAUCACAGUACGCUGAGGAUAUCAAACACAAAACCACACUGCUGGAGCUCCAGAAGAUGUUUACAUAUCUGAUGGUGAGUUCUGCUUUUGAAUUUACCCAGCUGUCUGAGAUCGACCUCAAGAGGAGGAGAGCAGAGAGGAGGAAAUAAAGCAACUACAUAUCCAGGAUGAAAGAGCUGUAAACUUUCCGUUUUCAUUUUUAGUCUAGUUUUGGUGCAUUUUUUAGUUUGCUUAUUCCCUUUAUUCGAAAAGACUUCAUUAUAGUUCACUUCUUGUCGCUUCAAGUGCUGGUUUUAGAAGCGAUACUGGUCGGGAUGAAUCCCCAAAAAGUCCUGAAAAGUUAUUUUGUAAGAAAAAUAACUCAAAAACCGGUGAAGAGGUCCUGCCAAAUCGACCCCCUGACUACUCGUCAGGAAAACGGAGAGGAUGUUUGUUAGUCAGUCUGUUGGUAUCAAAGCCAGAAACUGAGACCCUUUAGUUAUUGUUUAACUGCAAAGGCUCCUCUUUAUGUUUGUUUCCAAUAACACAACUUUUGUUUUUCAUUAUGUUGUUAGUUUUCAUUAGUAGUAAUAAUAAUGAUAACCUUGAAUGACACAAUGAUAUUAUGGUCCUAUCGUUGUCUCAUUUUUCUACUUUAUGCUUUCUGUGUUCAGGAGAGCGAGAGGAAAGCGUACAACCCUCGGCCUUUCUGUAAAACCUACACCAUGGACAAACAGCCUCUAAACACCGGGGAGCAGAAAGACAUGACUGAGUUCUUCACCGACCUCAUCACCAAGAUUGAGGAGAUGUCCCAGGAGCUGGUACAAAAAAACAAAAUCUACAACUGUUAACUUAACUUCUAAUAACUGAUAGAUGGAGUUUAUUUUACCCUGUUAUGUCUAAUUUGAACAUUUUUAGAGUUAAAUACCAGACAGUAAGUGUUCUGGUUUGAUAUUUAUCCAACCUGGCUGGAGUGUGUCAUUGAAAACUCUAAUAUAUCCAGAUACUUAUAUGAAUGAAAUGUUAGGAGUCAAUCUGCAGAUUUGUUUGUUCCAUAAUUUACUAAAAUAAAUAGCUGAAGUGCAGGAGUAGAUUAAAAUCUGAGGGGAAAGUGUCAGUUAAUGAUUUCUUUUUAUCUUUCCUUGCAGAAAAACACAGUGAAGACUUUGUUUGGAGGAGUCAUCACCAAUAAUGUGGUUUCUCUGGUGAGUUUAAGGAGAUAAAUUUUGUUCAUAUUUGUAUUUUUUUUUUAAGGAUAAUUCAUGUGUUUCUAAACCUGGCUCACUUUUUUUUAAUACAACUGUUUCUUCUGUGUAUUUUGGGGUGUAGAAGUGGUUUGAAGGUUCUUGAUUUGUUAGAUUUGCUUGUUAUUGAGUUGAUUGUUUGCUUUACAUUAUGUUGGAUCCAGACUAACCAUGUUGGAUACAAGAGUCACAGAGUAGCAGCAAGGCAGCAGUCCACCUCUGCUUUAAUGACUGUUUUCAUAAGUGUAGGUUUUGAAGAGAGGAAUAUACUGUUUGUUUCUGGUUAAAAAUAGAGAUGUUCUUAUUUAACCGAAGCUCUGAGUCUCUAUGGAUCCUCUCUGCGAUUUUGUCAGACACUUAACAUAUUGAGCAACUGGAUCCUGUUCAGAAUUUUGUACCAUUUGGCCAUUUAGACCAGCGGUUCUCAACCUUUUUAAAUGUGAAUUUAAACGGAGGAUCAUAGAAAUAUCCUGUGAAAACAUCAUCUAACCGCUUUGUCUUCUCAGAUAUACAGCAGAGUUUGACUUAGUUUACAGGUAGUUGGUCUCCACUGUUGUUUUGAUUGUUGUUUCUACAGUCAGAGUGACUCUCUUCUGUCUUGUUAAGGAUUGUGAUCACGUCAGUCAAACUGCAGAGGAGUUUUACACCGUCAGAUGCCAAGUGGCGGACAUGAAGAACAUCUAUGUAAGUGAAGAAACACAUGAUCACUUUCAGUCGGUGAUGGGAUAAAAAAAAGUUUUCUAAAGUUAUUGAAGUGGCUGAUUUAGUUGAAGCACCUCUCAAACGUCUGUUGUUGUUGCUUUAAUUCAGGAAUCUCUGGAUGAGGUGACGAUAAAGGACACUCUGGAGGGUGACAACAUGUACACCUGCUCCCAGUGUGGCAAGAAGGUCCGAGCGGAGAAAAGGUUGGAACUUACCCAGACUUAAGUUUUUUAAAGAGUGAAUAAGACAGCAGCUUCGAUAGCUUCCAGAUUGCCUCUAUAAUCUGAGUCUGACUUUGACCUUUGUCUCUCUUUUUUGUCAGAGCAUGUUUCAAAAAGCUGCCCCGCAUCCUGAGCUUCAACACCAUGAGGUACACCUUCAACAUGGUAACGAUGAUGAAGGAGAAGGUCAACACACACUUCUCCUUCCCUCUGCGCCUCGACAUGACGCCGUACACUGAGGACUUCCUUAUGGGCAAAGGAGAGCGAAAAGAAGGUUCGUGCAAACUUCACAAAUCACCUAAAAUAACAGGCGGCAAAAUUAUUUAGCGUUCUGGAUUUAUUCAAAAGUGUUUUUUCUCCUGCUGCAGGUUUUCGGGAAGAAGGCGAGGCAAAAGUUACAGAGAGCUACGAGUAUGAUCUGAUCGGAGUCACAGUGCACACAGGCACGGCAGACGGCGGCCAUUACUACAGCUUCAUCAGAGACAUCAUCAACCCUCACGCUUACAAGAACAACAAAUGGUGAGGACAGACGCACGUUCAAGCAGAAAUGAUGAGGUUCACUCUGUCAUCUUUAAAACUGGGACACUUUCUCUACUCAAGUUUGGUGGAUGUAUGAAAUCAUCGCAGCCUGUUUCACUGAUAAACAACUUUUUUACUCACCAAGACCUUCAAAAUAUUUGCUAAAAAGUUGAAAUCAACCUUUUACAAGCUCAUCAGAAUGAGGUUUCAGAUCUAAAGGGAUUGGUAUGAUUGCAGGUACCUGUUCAACGACGCAGAGGUGAAGCCGUUUGACUCGGCACAGCUGGCCUCGGAGUGCUUCGGUGGAGAAAUGACGGUAUAUGACGAGAGGAGAUAAAACAUGAAGUAUCCUGUUAAAUGUGCAUUUAACUCACACUCAAUUUUUUUUACCUUUCAGACCAAAACGUACGACUCUGUCACCGACAAAUUUAUGGAUUUUUCUUUUGAGAAGGUGAAGACAGUUUCAAAGCUUUUAAAAAAAUCAUCAUCUACCUGUUUUGUUAUCAAUGCAUGCUGCAGAGGGUUACUGAUGAACAUUUGGUUGCUCCUGCAGACACACAGUGCCUAUAUGCUCUUCUAUAAAAGAGUGGAACUGGAGGAGGAGAACGGGAAGGAUUUUAAUUUUGACGUCUCUCCUGAUCUACUGGAGGUACUGCACGUCUGCUUCUUUAUGGAAAAACCAUCUACAGACAUCUACACUGAAAUCUAAUACCUCUCUCUUUUUCAGUGGAUCUGGCACGACAACAUGCAGUUCCUCCAGGAUAAAAACAUAUUUGAACACACUUACUUUGGGUAGGAAUCACCUCAUCAUUUCUUACUUGCACAUUUCGGCUCCAUGAAUCACAGUCUCUCUCUUUUUACCUCUUUUUAAAACAACUUUUCAUGACUGUUUUUUUUUUUUUGUCUUUUUGAAGUUUCAUGUGGCAGCUCUGCAGCAGUAUCCCCAGCACAUUACCUGACCCUAAAGCCGUCUCUCUAAUGACUGCCAAAGUAAGAAAAAUGAAAUACUUUUACUCUUUAAUGUCAGUUUUACUCCAUACUGAAAAUCUACAUUCAAACUUAAUGAUCAAAUCUUGUUGUGACAGUUAAAAGCAGAGUAAGGGCUCACUGGGAUUUUAAAAUCUGAUAUAUGAGCAUUUUCAAAUGUCUAACUCUUCUAUUUUCUCUGCAGCUCAGCACAUCAUUUGUCCUCGAAACUUUCAUACACUCCAAGGAGAAGGUAAGACUCUCUCACAUUAUUACACAAAGUUAGAUUUUUCUGCCUGUGGUGAGUCUGAACAGUGAAAAACGAACAUCUGCCUUUGUCUCGUCUCCUCCAGCCCACCAUGCUGCAGUGGAUUGAACUCCUCACUAAGCAGUUUAAUAACAGCCAGGCGGCCUGCGAGGUUUGAGCUCAGCUUUAUAACAGUUUGUACUCUGUGUGAAAGGUGUCGGUCGUUUUGGUUACACUUCAUAUACUCCGUCAUUCAACAUUAUUUUGAUAUUUUCUUUGUAAUGAGAAAAUACACAGUGUUAAACAGAUGUGACUGUUUGGUGCAUCAUAUCCAUCUGAAGGUUCUUUGCAGACCACGAGUCAAAUAUCACAAAUAUAAACAGAGCGGUAGUGUGUUUUUGUUGCUUUUAUCUUGAAUUUAGUUCAAACUGAUGAUCUUGUGUGUUUCAGUGGUUUUUGGAUCGGAUGGCUGACGAUAACUGGUGGCCGAUGCAGAUCCUCAUAAAGUGCCCCAAUCAGAUUGUCAGACAGGUGAGUGAAUUUUGAUUUCGCGUUCUUGUAAAACGUCACCUAUUUCUGAUGUCAGGCUGUCACGGCAACCCCCCAAAACAACCUGCUGUGAUAUUAACGUGGCGGGAUCCAAAUUUGAGGUCUCUCUGAGUAAGCUUUAACUCAGCUCUCAAGUCAAAGCUGCUGCACAGAGUCGGAGCAGCUCAUGCUGACUCCCUGGAGUUUCUGCUUUUGCUCAAACUGCCAAACCCAACUCUGAAAGAGACAGACGGGUGCUGUUACACAGUCUGGUGGAGAAUAUGGAAAGUCAGUGUUUCAAAAAUUCAACAAUAGAUACGAGUAAACCCAGGAAACCUUCAUCAGUGGAAGUCAACCUCAAAGUAACAACCUGUUUAAAGUCUGAUGGUCCAACCCUCUUCCUGCUGCUAUGAGGAGGAUUCCCACGACCCAGAUCCAGUCAAAGAUAACAUCCAUUAUGAUCUAUUAAUUACUUGAAAACCACAAAGGCCACGUGAGCUUGUUUAUGUUGUUUGUGAUCCAUCUCUUCAUGCCAGGGCAGGGUUUGGACUCAUCUUCUAUCCCAGGUUAACUACCUUGGUGUAAAUGCUCUGGAUCAUUUGGCUCAGCAAGAACCGGCUCUUUCAGCUCCCUAUGGCUCUUAGAGUUGGUUUUUAGAGCCAAGUCCUUUGGGACCAAAACACAGUCCUGCUCCUGCUCUCCUCAGCAUAGAAGGUCUCAUCGUCAAACAUCUUGUAGAACUUGUGUGUGAUUUCUUGAAGUGUUUGAUAGAGUGUUGGAUACAAAAACAACCAGAACAAAAACCAAACCACCAACUGGGCUGAAUGUCUGAGCUGCUUUUGUCCACCUUUGUUUCACAGAUGUUCCAGAGGUUGUGUAUUCAUGUCAUCCAGAGGCUUCGUCCAGUUCAUGCUCACCUGUACCUGCAGCCGGGCAUGGAGGACGGGUAAGUCUGAUGAGCAAGUCACUUACUGUAUUGUCACUUUCUUACUGUAUCCACAGUCCUAAUUCUCAGUGAUGACAUAAAAACCCAGAAAUUACCUUAAAAUUUGAUUUAUGUGAGAAGUAUAAAAGGAGGCCUGGAGUUCACUCGGCUCAGCCUCUGGAUAGAAGCUGCAUUUGUACCUCAUGGUUCUGACCUUAAAGGUGGGGUAGGCAGGAUCACGUUAAAAAAGCAUCUUCUUUUGUGGUGUUUAUACAAAAAAGCUUUUAAUAUCAGUCAAUAGCUGUUAGUUAUUGAUGACAUUUGGUAAUAUAACGAUAUCGUUGUGUUUUGUUACGUCUGUUUAGUCAACAUUUUGAACAUUUUUGAGGGCUUGCUCUUUCUGACUGUAAACAAAGCCAUCCCCCGCCUCCCCCCGCCUGAUUGGUUGUGAGGCACGCUCCACGUCCUUGAAUAUCGCUCGUGAGCCCAAACAAAGUUAGCGUGCUACAAUACCGGACAGUAGAAACCAACCAGAAAGUACGGAAAACAAAAGCAAUAAAACAACGUAAAUACUGGAGACUCUGGUGGAAUAGCAGGCGUUUAAAUGGAGAUCGACUGGGCAACAGCUAAAAAGCUGGGUCAAUGGGGGUCGCUUCGGGAUCAUACGGAUCCUGUAACCUUACUGCUGGACAGGUUAAACAAAGUAAGCUAAGAGUCUGUAACAGAAGUGUUUCUUGUCAAACGGGACCUGCUGCAUGUUGUAGCACCGCUAAACUGUUGACCUCGGGUCCUGGACUAUGUCACUUUAUCCUAGUUGUAGAAGUCCUGCAAACAUUGUGUUUGCUGGUAGUCUGUUGGCAUCUUCAGCAGCACCAAUGCUUUAAAGUAUUGAACUGCAUUAUAUCUGAAUUGAAGUGAAACAAUAUGAGCGAGCAGGAGCGUCUAUUUGUGGGCGGGGCUUGAUAGAGCGAGGGAAACUUGCCUACCCCACCUUUAAUGGUCCACAGUCUCCUGCUCAGACAGUUUGUGGGUCAGAUGAGUGGGGUACCUCAUAAUGAGGGUCCCACUGGUCCUACAAAAUUCAUUCUUUAUCACACGUUCACUGAGCCGGUCGUGGUGUGCAGCUCAAACUUUCAGUGUUGUGUCUGUGAAAUCUGACGGCUACAGAGACUUAAACAGGAGCCGUUUGUCGCUCAGUGUCUCUGCUGCUCUGGACUCUGAGAAAGAUUUACGUCUCUACAUCACUGACACAUCAAGUAAAACUUUAGUCUAAACUCUGCAGAUAACGUUCAGUUUUCUCGAAACUAACCCUCUCCUGUCUGUUCUUCAGUUCUGAUGACAUGGACGGUCCGGUGGAGGAUAUCGGCAGCAGGUCCUGUGUCACUCGCUUUGUUAAGACCCUUCUGUCCAUCAUGGAGCAUGGCGUCAAACCCCACAGCAAACACCUGACCGAGUACUUCGCCUUCCUCUACGAGUUCGCCAAGAUGGGAGAGGAAGAGGUCGGUCUGGAAUCCUCUAACAGAUCUGUCUUCUUUUUCUGUAUCUCAGCUUUGAUGAUCCCUGAGAGCCCGUUAGAAGAGUUCAGAGUUUCUUUUCUUCUCUUUUUAAAUCUUUAGUCAGACUUUAGAGGAUUUUUACUCCUGAUGAUUUUUGAAGCAGUUGUUGUUGUUUAGCUAAAUAAAGAAAAGUCAUUUGUCUUUUUUGUGUUUCUGCAGAGUCAGUUCUUGUUGUCUCUUCAAGCCAUUUCCAUCAUGGUGCAUUUCUACAUGGGAACUAAAGGACCUGAAAAUGUAAGUUUGACUUUUUUCCCUCACUGGUGACAGUGAACAUCCACGUGUCAGUUUCCUUUGUUGUCUUUUGUGUUUUUUUGGGAUGGAAAACUUGAGCUCAUGAUGAUCUUGUAGUUGAAUGAUAUUUACUCAUUAUGAGAGGCUUAAACUGUGAGUGUCCUCCUUCAGCCUCAGGUGGAGGUGCUGUCAGAGGAGGAAGGAGAAGAGGAGGAUGAGGAGGAGGACAUCUUGUCUCUGGCAGAGGAGAAGUAUCGUCCCGCCGCCCUGGAGAAGAUGAUCGCCCUCAUCGCUCUGCUGGUGGAGCAGUCUCGCUCGGAGAGGUUCGAGAGCAGCUCACCGGUUUGAUUCAAACGCUUUUCCUCUCUCCUGAAGAAGUUUUCAUCCUCCUCUUCCUCUCUUUACUCUCCAGACAUCUGACUCUGUCUCAGAGCGACAUGGCGGCGCUGACCGGAGGGAAAAGCUUCCCUUUUCUCUUCCAGCACAUCAGAGACGGCAUCAACAUCAGGCAGACCUGCAACCUCAUCUUCAGCCUCUGUCGCUAUAACAACCGGCUGGCUGAACACGUGAGUUUACCGCAAACACAAACGAAGGAUGAUGCUAGUGUUAGGUUUACACUAAGUUCACAGUUACAGUCUUAGCUUCACAGAUCAAACUUUAGAGUUUAGAGCUGUGCAGACCGUCUUCAGGUCUGAACAAAAAAAACACAGAAAAGGAACAGAGUCUUCACAGAAGGAGGACAAACCCACAAUCCACUGCUCUAGAGCUGCAGUUUCUUCAGCAUGUGGAAUGUUAUGCUUCCUCGUUUGUCUUUUAAACCACUUCUUUUUGCGGCUAACAGCACAAAUAGAUGCCAGAUAUUGACUGUGUCUUUCUCACUCUUCCAGAUCGUGUCAAUGCUCUUUACCUCCAUUGCAAAGCUGACUCCUGAGGUGAGCGUCAUAGCAGAGAAAUGGUUGCCCCCUAACCCAACCCCCCCCCAAACACACAAGACACUUGAAAAAACUGCAGAAAUCCUUAAUGAGACUCUAAGAUUAAAAUUUACAAGAUUUUGUAUGAUCCUGUUUAUUAUUUUGCUCUUUUUUUAUCAUUAGCUGUUGCUCUAGAGUUAGAUCUUCUUCUUCUUAUAACUACACCAAUUAUUUAAAGAUAAACUUUGCACGACAUGAACCUUGAAUGCAGUAUAAAUCAGCUCACAUUAAUGUUUUUAUCUCUGGUGUCCCCCCUCCUCUUCAGGCUGCUAAUCCUUUCUUCAAGCUGCUGACCAUGCUGAUGGAGUUUGCAGGUGGACCUCCGGGGAUGCCCUCCUUUGCAUCCUUCAUCCUUCAGAGGAUCUGGGAGGUAAAAUCCUUCCAAACAUCUUCACCUGGACCUUUUUUUUUUUUUUUACUUAUUGUAUCAGUUUGUAAACUUGUGAAUAUAUCUAUCCUUUCUAAAGCUUCAGAUCUUCAGCCAAAAACUCAAACGUUGGGCCACUCUUGAUCAACUCUUUGUUUUCCUCGCCUUCAAGCUCGUCUUCUGUUCUCUCCCUCAGGUGAUCGAGUACAAUCCGUCUCAGUGUCUGGACUGGCUGGCGGUUCAGACUCCCAGGAACAAACUGGCUCACAGCUGGGUGCUGCAGAACAUGGAGAACUGGGUGGAGCGCUUCCUACUGGCCCACAACUAUCCACGAGUCCGCACAUGUGAGACAAUGACUUUGUACUCCUGUAAUUUACACAAGGAUUAAAGGGAUGUUUCACCAUUUUUGAAGUAGGGUUGUAUUGGAGAAACUGGAUGCUCAGUGCAUGACAGUUUUCCGCUGACAGGAUCGACUUUACCUUAAAAUGAAGCCACUUACUCAGCAUCCUGACACGAACCGUCUCCUUUUCUCCUCCUGCAGCGGCAGCGUACCUCCUCGUCUCCCUCAUUCCCAGCAACUCUUUCCGUCAGAUGUUUCGCUCCACACGCUCUCUCCACCUGCCAACCCGGGAGCUGCCGCUGUCCCCUGACACCACCGUGGUCCUCCAUCAGGUCUACAACCUGCUGCUGGGGCUGCUUGGACGCGCCAAACUCUAUGUGGAUGCCAGCGUUCAUGGCACCACCAAGCUGGUCCAGUAUUUCAGCUUCAUGACCUACUGCCUCAUCUCAAAGACUGAAAAACUGAUGUUCUCUGGAUACUUCAUGGACCUCUGGAACCUUUUCCAGGUACUGAUUAUUCAGGUCCUUCUGAAUUUGCCAAAAAUGAGCUUUAAAGGUGUUUGUCUGUCUUUUAUUCUCUCUGUUAUUUCACUUGUUUUUUUUAUGCCUUAAACUAGCAGAGCGCUGGUUAUUUCAGCUCCUCAGUGACUUCCUUCCUUCCUUCCCUUCUUCCUAAUUCCUCUUCCUCUCUGUCCUCAGCCUAAAUUAUCUGAACCGGCCAUCGCCACCAACCACAACAAGCAGGCUCUUCUAUCCUUCUGGUACAACGUGUGUGUGGACUGUCCGGAGAAUGUGCGCCUGGUGGUGCAGAACCCCGUGGUGACCAAGAACAUCGCCUUCAACUACAUCCUGGCCGACCACGAUGACCAGGAAGUGGUGUUGUUCAACCGCAGCAUGCUACCCGCCUACUACGGCAUCCUGCGCAUGUGCUGCGAGCAGUCGCCCGCCUUCACCCGCCAGCUCGCCUCGCACCAGAACAUCCAGUGGGCCUUCAAGAAUCUGACGCCACACGCCAGCCAGUACCCCGGGGUGAGCCCAGGAUCUGAUACGUAGAUCAACAUAAAUAUUCAUUCAAAGUUUAAGUGAAGUCUGAGAGAUAUUAAAAAUCUCAAGUGUUUAUCAGUGAGAGGAUGAAAAUGAUAUAUAUUUGUGUGCUGCCCCCUGCAGGCGGUGGAGGAGCUGUUCAACCUGAUGCAGCUGUUCGUUGCUCAGCGAGCUGACAUGAGAGAAGAAGAGCUGGACGAUGUCAAACAAUUCAAGAAAACCACCAUCAGCUGCUACCUGCGCUGCCUGGACGGACGCUCCUGCUGGACCACCCUUAUCAGGUUAGCACACACACACACAAACACACACACACUCACACAGAUUGUUGCACACUUAUUUAACCUGGAUCCUCACACCUGCUCUUGUUUGUUUCAGUGCCUUCAGGGUUCUGCUGGAGAACGAUGAGGACCGACUGCUUGUGGUCUUCAACAGAGGACUCAUCCUCAUGACUGAGGUACUUUCAAAACCAGGAGCUCAUAUUUCCUGCAGAAAAUAAAACUCAAAUGUUGAGGUGAAAUGUUUUGAGAUCAGCUCGAUACACAAAAAAGAGGCGCUGGGGAGUCAGAAAGUCAAACUUUUGGACAUUUUUCUGCCUAAGCUUAGUUUGUGUUUUCUAGAGAAGAGAACUUAAAUAUUCUAGAGAUGUUUAGUUGGUGUCUUUUUUUGCCUAUUUGCUUUAAUGAUAUUAUGGCGCAGUAUUUGCCGUAAUACACCUGCCAUAAUAUCAUCGACUCCUAUAAGACUUGUACAGGACAAAAUCUGUCUGCAGUUAUUGAUCCAGUUAAAAAACUAGACCCUCAAACUUUUUGUUGUUGAUCUUUUUCAGUCCUUUAACACUCUGCACAUGAUGUACCACGAGGCUACAGCGUGUCACGUCACUGGAGACCUGGUGGAGCUGCUCUCCAUCUUCCUGUCUAUCCUCAAAGCUACCCAGCCGUACCUGCAGCGCAAAGGUGAGGCUCCACGCUGUCUCUGAAAAAGUUUUUGACAAAGAUCUAAACAUGAUAUUAGGGAUUCAGAGUACAUUGGACUGAGAGGUUAGUCUUGAGGCUUGUUUUUAAUCCCGCUCUCCUCCUCGUCCAGAUGUGAAACAGGCUCUGAUCCAGUGGCAGGAGAGGAUCGACUUUGCCCACAAGCUGCUCACACUCCUCAACUCCUACAGCCCACCAGAGCUGCGCAACGCCUGCCUGGGUAACACACGCAAACACCGUUCAUACACUGAUUUACAAACUGUUGUAUGACUGUCUCUCCUCCUGUAAAAUCAACUAGAAUCUUUCUCUGCUCUGAUGUUUUGUGUCUUCAUUUUCUGUUUUUUUGCAGAUGUCCUGAAGGAGCUGGUUCUUCUGAGUCCACAUGACUUUCUGCACACCCUGGUCCCCUUCCUGCAGCACAACCACUGCACCUACCACCACAGCAACAUCCCCAGUGAGUCUCCUCUUCCUCUUUAUCAUUUCAUCUUUACUGCUCAUAGUUUCUUCACAUAGAAAAGUUACUGAACUCUUUCUCCUGUCUGUUUGGUUCUUCGUUACUAAGAUGCUUGUAACACAGAGCAAUCUUAACAUUUAAUGUAAUGAACUGAUGAAAGUCUGGUACAGGGCUCAGUUUGAGUCUCUAUGUGUUUGUGUCCUCAGUGUCCUUCGGUCCCUACCUACCCUGCAGAGAAAACAUCAAACUGAUGGGAGCGAAGAACAACAUCAGGCCCCCGAGACCCGAGCUCAACAUGUGUCUGCUGCCCUCUAUGGUGGAGAGCAGCAAGGUCGGUACACCUGACACACACCUGCAGCUCUGUGGAAUAACUUCCCCUCCUUUUACCUCUCUAUUCAUUGUUGCAGCUCAGUGUUUGUAUGAACUCAUGAAUCAGUGAGUUCAUUCACUCAUCAAGACACGAGGGACACCAAACUUCCCUCUAAGCCUUAAAUUUGAUCAGACUAUUUUCAAAUCAGCAGGAAAAAUAUACCAGCAGCUGAUUUCAUGAUCAAUCAAUGUUGAUGUAAGUUUGCAGAAAAAGUGCAGGAAUUGUCUGGCUGAUAAUACUCUGGCCAGCCUGACUAAUGCCAGUAUUUAAGUGGUGCCACCCCAGUCAAAAAGGCGAGACAAAGACAGUGGGACCUUGACAAAAGCAACAAAAGGAAAAAAAAAAAACCAAAUCUAAUCUGUUUAUUUUUAAAGAAUGAGUUGAAACAAAACUGAACUUUCACUUUCACAAGGACAAUAUAAAGGUGACAGUCUGGCAGACAGUCGUCCACAUGAUCAUCCGGAUGAAAUCUAGAAAUCUGAACCCUCCAGGCAGACGGAACAACAGGAAUGACAAUCACUAAUUGUGCUGGCGUUUUUUCCACUGCACACAGAACGGCGGCAAAAAGGCCAUCAGCACUGAUCACCACCAAUCGCCACUGAUCGUUUCCGUUCAAGUUAAUGUGUCAAAUUCCACCAGCUUCUUUCUGGCCCCCCUGUGGUUCAGCAAGCUUUGUAGCCGAUCCCCAGAGUUCUAUUUUUCCCGGAUGCCGCUGCAUAAAUUCAGAACAGAUUAACCUGUGCUGGAAAGGAAGUCAGGCAAAGACACAAAAUAAAACAUCAGGCUUCUUUUCAAAAUAAAACACUACGAGUUUAAGGCAGAUUGUAUUUCACACCAUGCAAACGUGGUUUGUUUCAUAGAUAAAGAUGAAUCUUUCUUCUACCUGUGGUUAAUUCCCAGUCUCCACAAAAGUGUCUGAUCUACCGGUCUGGACAGAGUGGAUUUCCUCCUCUGGAAGGACACGUCUUUAUAGGGACAACUCGCGCAAUCGCAUGUGAAUCCACGGGUUCUUAUGAGUCCUUGCGAUUCCCACUGUCCAAAAUUCGCCAUGAAAUUUGCCUCACAAAUGCAUCUGGUAGGAAAUGGCGGACGGCGAAAAUCACUGCUUUUCUGCAUGCAGUGGAACUUUGGGGUUAGGACAUCCUCGGAGGAUUUUGACUCUUUGUAUCCUGCAGAUGUUUGUGAACAUGUGCGUCGCUCCUUUUCUCUCAGGGUAAAGACGAGGUGUACGACCGGAUGCUGCUGGAUUACUUCCUGUCCUAUCACCAUUUCAUCCACCUGCUAUGCCGCGUCGCCAUCAACUGUGAGAAAUUCACAGACACGCUUGUCAAACUGAGUACGUCUUCACUGAAAAUCUAAGCUUCAUAUAAAGUAUCUGCUGUCAGUGGAGGGUUUUUACUCAUUAACUUUGUCGUUCAGGUGUGUUGAUAGCAUAUGAAGGACUCCCUCUUCACCUCGCCCUCUUCCCCAAACUGUGGACGGAGCUCUGUCAGUCUCAGGUACUGCACACCAUCAGGAACACCUCAUGGUUGUAUUACCGUAGUUUUCGCACUAUAAGGCGCACUUAAAAUGCUUUUGGCUUGUCGGAGCACUGCAGCUACCGUAGCCUCGCGGAGUUAUUGAAUGAGUUAAAUAAAGUUUGACUUAUCUGACUGUAUUGUUUGGGUUAAUGCGCUUUAUAAUCCGGUGUGCCUUAUGCAGUGGUUCUCAAGUCCAGUCCUCGAGGCCCACUGUCCUGCAUGUCCUUCCAACACACCUGAUUCAAAUGAUCAGCUCGUUAUCAAGCUCUGUAAUGGCUUAAUAACGAGCUGAUCAUUUGAAUCAGGUGUGUUGGAAGGACAUGCAGGACAGUGGGCCUCGAGGACUGGACUUGAGAACCACUGGCCUUAUGUAUGAAAAUAGACGCGAAUAGAUGCGUUCAUUGAUGGUGCGCUUUAUAAUCAGGUGUGCCUUAUUGUGCGGAAAAUACGGUACCUGAUAAACUGUUCAAGCCAAGUCAGAACCAGGAGAUGUUCAGGGAUAAAACGUUGUGUUUGUCGUUGUUUUUCAGUCUGUUCUGGCUAAAACAUGUGUGAAACUGCUGUGUGAGGAUCCGGCCUUCAGCGAGUACAUCAAAUGCAUCAUGAUGGACGAGAGGACGUUUCUCAACAACAACGUGGCCUACUCCUUCCUCACUUGCUUCCUGCACAAAGUAAAGACAAAAAACUGAAUUCAGACCAGAUUUCUUCUGGAUAUUUUGAUGUUGCGUGUGUUGAUCUUUGUGCGUAAUGUGCGUGUGUGCAGGUCCAGGUGUUGUCGGGUCCCGGCUGCUCUAACCUGAUCGGCGUUUUGGUAACAAACCUGCUGAGUGAGCAGAGCAGCCUGCAGCCUGAACUGGCAGCCCACCGAGUGGAACUGAGCAAGACCAGCGGCCUGCUCAACGCUGUAUGAACACUUCCACACAAACACACACUCAGCAUGUCUUCUCCUGCACAGGUUCAGACUAAAACCUCAGAGUGUUUCUCUCCUCCUCUUAGGACCUGAGGGCUCUGGUGCUCCUCCUCUCUGUUCAGCCUCUUCAGGCCGUUGACUCCGCCCUCUGCCCCGCCCUGCAGGAGCUGCUGGCUCGCUGUCGAGUGUGUGUGCAGCAGCGCAGUGCUCUGGAGCUCGAGGCCAAGGACCACAAGGCCAAAGGUACAACUACAACACACAAGAAAAGAUAAAGAUGAAGGUUAAAUCGUUAUCGCCUCCUCUUCCUCUUAACACAUGAAAUAGUUUCACUCAUUUAGACACUUUAGAUAAAAGAAUUAAGUUCCUCCAUGGCACUUCACAAACCCUUACAAAUGAAAUAUGAGUUUUAAAUACCGUCAGUGAAAAGAUCAGAUGUACCAUCCAUCGAUAGAUUCCACAAAACCUGCGACUCUCUUAAACUGUUUAAAAAUAAAUAUCAUCCGUGAAGUCGGUCUGGUUUUAAUCUAGGUUUUUUGUCUGUUGUGUGUCAGCUGAGGAAGAAGGAGCAACCCCGGUGAAGCGGCGGAGGGUGAGCAGCGAGGACGACAGAGCCAGUGAUGCAGCGGCGCCGCUCUGCAUGGCCUCCACGUCCUCGGUCCCACCACCCUGCAGUGACCAGAAACAGGACCACCAGGAGGCGCUGACACCCGCCAGCACCUCGGACACAGAGACACGAGACUCCUCCUCACUGAUUGACCCGGGUACUGAGCAGGACCCGCCCACUCCUGACCCCGCCCCCACCUCCUCUGGCAAUCUGGACUCCUCCCCCAAAGAGGAGAAGAUGGAGGCCUCUUCGUCAUCGUCCUCUUCCUUCUCCUCCUUCUCCUCUCUGAUGCAGGAGGCAGGGGAGGGGUUUGCACAGGGGGAGCAGCCUGAGCUGAAGAGACGCGAAGCAGCAGGUGAGGAGGAGGCGGAGCAGCAGGAGGGGAGGAGGGGGGAGGUGAUGCCUCCUGCAUCAGAGGAAGUAAAGGACGAGAAGGAGUCGGGCUCUAAGAACAGCUCAGCCCCACCCCUUUCAGAAGACACUGCUUUCCCAUCAGCCCUUGGCCUGGUAGGGGAGGGGUCAGAAGGCUGCAGUGGCCACACACCCUCCUCACCGGUGUUUGCCAGCACGGGCCCCCCACCUGACAUGCUGGACAUGCUGUACAGGACAGUGGAGGCUACCAUCGCCAUAGUUACCAAACUGUCUGUAAAGGGCCCCCCCUCUUCAUGACAUCAUCAACUUAGAGCCGCCAUGAGAUCUUUCACGAACUUUUGUUUUCCUUCUUGUUUGUUUUUCUCCUCAUUGGAAAUCUGAGAACUGCUCGGAGGAAAAAAAGCCUCUCCUGUUUCUGGCUUCUUCUUGUUCUUCUUCUUCUUCUUGUUCUGCUGCUGUUCUUCGUGCUGCUGCUCGUUGCCUUCUGCUGAUGUUCAGUCGGUCAGUUUUCCAGCUUCAGUGGCUCCCGCCAUGCUGUUUCUGUUCUAUGAACUCAGACUCCGUGCACAGCCGACCCCCUCGCUCGACUGAUUUAGAAGAAACCAGAAAAAGUCGUUCAAAGCUAUAGCACAUUUUUUUCAAAGGGCAAAAAAAAAAGUUGAGUUUGAUGUUUUUUGUGUGUUUUAUACUGAUUUGAAUUUAUUUGAUAGUGAUUUUAUUUGCUGUAAUGGGGAAAGGUUUACUGAACUUUUGUCUCCUCUGUAUGUAAUUUAAUUUUAUUGCAUUUUUACUGUGUAUAAAAACUGUCGUCCUCUGUGCCAGUUUUGUACUUUAUGAACGAGGCAAAAGAAAGUUGCCUUGAAUUUUUCUGUGGUUUAAUUAUCCAGAAACUAAGUUUACCUGUAAAUUAAGAGAACCACAAGAAGCUUGAUUCUGUAAAGAAUCCUCUCUAGUCAUUGCCUGAAGGUGUAUAUGAAAACUAUAUAAAUAUAUAUAUAAAUAUCUUUAUAUAUAUAUGAAUAUAUAAAAGCGGUGCUUUAUUUGACUGUGGUUGAAAUAAAGCCGCCAUGUUGGACCAGCUGAAGCUUUUAUUUUAUUUAGUGAAGUACAUUCCAUGAUCUAUUGUUGAUUUUGGCUUCUUCUGCUGUGUUCUGAUUCCUCCUGAUUUUAUUUUAAUAGAGAAUAAAUUAAUAAAAACACUUUUAAUAUGAAGAAUAUCAACUGAAAACCAUGUGGACCUCUGGGGUUUUUUAUUACCCGGUUUUAGAGGAACUGAAGGUUGAAAUUGUUUCCAGGCGGCAGCAGAUAAAAACGGUAAGUGAGAAGAGUUUUUUGUAACUGUUUUCAGAAAGUGUUGCUGACAGGUGGAGUGAAUGACGCUGGUUGGCUCAAACAAUGGCACCUGUGCGGGGUGGGGGUAUGUCAGGCAGUUAGGUGUUUUUACAUGGAUUUGGUCCCUGCAGGCUGGGCCUCAGCCGAGUGAAGAAUGAGCAAAGCAUGGCGAAGGCAAAGAGGACCUCUAACUUCCAGAGAAACUUUUUUUUCCAGAGAAAAUUUAGAGAGCAGGAAGUAGUGAGACGCACUUCUAUAUGUCCUAAAGUUACAUUAACUAGAGAUCCCUGAGUGACCGCCAUUAUACUCAGAAUAACUGACUCUAUACUGACACUGGACCUCUUGUUCUCCUGCAUGUACAAAAGUUGCACUAAAGGAAAAGAGAUAAUGUUGAUCUCUCAUUGAAGUCCAGUGAUCAACAUUGUCUCAGUUUAACUCCACCCCAUAUCAGCUCUGAUUGGAUAUUUUUUACACAAUUAAAUUUUUAAAACGAGUUCUUUGAAAGUCCCAACUAAACAAUAACUCAAGUAUAUUUUUUCACAGACUGUUUAUUGAUCCACACAUUAAAAAGCAUUCAGACUGCUGUUGUAUUAAGCUUUUAUAGGAGUUCUGGGAUUUCAUCUUAAAUGGCAUCUGGACUUCCUGGGUUAUCUUGAAGACUUUUCGCCUCUCCUCCAAAAGGCUUCUUCAGUUCUUGAUGACCACGCCCCCUUACACUGACGAUGCCACCAUCGGCUAUUUCAGCUCUAGACCCAGUCCCCCUUAGAACUGAAGAAGCCUUUUGGAGAAGAGGCGAAACGUCUUCAAGAUAACCCAAGAAGUCCAGCUGUCAUUUUAGAAGUUACCCGAAUACCAUGAUCUGGAUUAAUAAGAACCUUCAUAGACUUUUAUAGGAGUAUUUACAUUUGCAAAUAAAGUGCAUAUGUACAGAGAAACAAAGAUAAAUUUCAACAUUUAAAUUUAUUGAAUUUGAAAAAUAUUGGACUGGAGAGUUUUUGUUCAUAUGAAACUUUUUCUCCUUUACUUCACACAAUAUAUAAAAGAGUUUCACAGUUUCCAGAAUGGAUCGAAUUGAUUCUCAAAUCAGAUAAAAAAGAAGGUGAACAUUUGUUCAGAUUUUACCCCAUUUUGCUGCUUAAAUUGAAAGAUUGAAAGAUGUUUUUAUUACAGUUUGUGUAAGGCCAAAAAAGGUUUAUUUUUAUAAAUAAGUAAUAAGUUGCUUGUUUUAAAAUUUCAGAGCGGAUGUAGUUAUUUUGAUUGUUUCAGUGACUCUGCAGACUCAGUACAGUCGACUAAAAGCUGCAGACCACAGAAUCGUUGUCCUUCUCAGACUUCUCUCCAUCCGUCACCUGCUCGUCCUCUGAACUCUUCCUGUCCUUCUGCAACACAAAAUCACUCGUCAGCUGUUUGUUCACUCACAUGAAUUUCUCUAAGCUUGAUUAUCUUCAUACCUGUUCGGAGGUCUCGGUCAUCACUGAAGGCCUGUUCCUGAAAGGGAUUUUCAUCAUGACCAGGCUGCAGAUUCAGGGCAUUGAUGACAUUUAAAUCAUGUUCUGAGGACUUACGUGUAACCUUCAUCAAAUCGGCUGAUAUCAAAACUCUCUUUGUCAGAAUCCUUGUCAAGUUUCUCUGACUUCCUGAACCUGAAAAAGAGAUCAGGUCAAACUUUAAUUCACAUGUUUGGGAGCUGGUUUUAUUCCCCUUUAAAAUCUGAUCUGAAUGUUUAGAGAUCUCACCUGAAG